AUGAGCAUGUCUUCUUCUGAAACCAAAAACCCUACAGUUUUGGACAUUCUCAUACGUUCUCUAUAUAAUUUGAAAAAUUCAGAUUUCAAGAGAUUUCUGUGUAAGCUGUCAGAUUUUUAUUAUGGAGACAAAUGUCCCAUUGAACGUGGACGUCUGGAAUUUGCAAACCAGAUUAAAACUGCAAGACUUCUUAUGGAUUAUUAUGGAGAAGAGAAUGUUCUGGAAUUUACUUUUCAAGUCUUCAAUGGGAUAGACUUGCGAGGACCUGCAGAAGAACUUCAAGAGGAAAGAAGAAGGAUAAGUAAGCUAACACUACACUGACUCUCAUUUAAAGGGUUACCACUUCAGGGAUUUGAAAUGUUAAUGAUUUCCUGAAGUCUAUAUGUGCAGGGAUUUGCUCUGCUGCCGGAGGUGUAACUACGCCUCCAGCAGCGUCAUUGGGGCAUUAUUAGGCAGCUCAGAAAAGCCGGUAGCUAAUGUAAAUUCUGUGCAGAAUUGGCAUCUGAUACUGGUAUGCACAGCAUGCUGAUGCCAGACAGCCAAUUGUGCCAUGCCCCACAGCAUCUGUGCUGCCCUGAUCCUCAGUCUACUCCUCCUGAUAUUUUUCCCCCACGGGCGAACGGGAAUUAAUAUUAGGCGGCAGGGAGAACUUUAUCUUGCUGUUGGAACAAAGGUAAAUUGUACUUGGUUUUUGUAAUUUAUAGGAGGGACUAUGUAGAAAACAUUGCACGAGGGAGCAGAGAGGUUAGAGCUCGCCGCGGCUGAUCUUACCACUGACGGUCACUGAAAUCUUGCGCCCACAUAGCCACUCACGCACGCCCGCCCAAAAGGAGAAAUCCUCGGGAAAAAAAAGGAUUUAGCCGCUGAAAUCCCUACCGCCCCCCUGGAAUCCUGAAACGCCCACUAGUGGGCGGUAGGGACCAGGUUGACGACCCAUCUAGUAAAUCCAUGAUUAUGUUACAUAAUGUUUACACUGCUCAUUCUCAUGUCCUAACACUAUAGAUAUUCUCCUCACCUUUUUUAUUCUACCUGGAGUAAUUCUUAAAAUGGUCCCUAAUAAUUCCAAUACUAGACCCUACAUAAUACUCUGUUAUAAAGCGUUCUUACUGCUUUAUAUUUUUGCUUGUUAUAAUCUUAGCAUUUGCACUUGUAUGUUAAAGGGACACUAUAGUCACCAGAACAACUACAGCUUAAUGUAUUUGUUCUAGUGAGUAUAAUAGCUCCCUUCAGGCAUUUUCAUGUAAACACUGCCUUUUAAGAGGGACAUCUAGGGACACCUCCAAGUGGCCACUCCUUAGAUGGCCAGUGGAGGGGCUUCCUGGCUCAGGGCUGCACAGUAAGCUUUGCAUGGAGACGCUGAAUUUUGAGGAGGCCCUGAUUUGCCAAAACGGCAUUUGGCCCGCCCCUUGCUGAUUUUAGCCAAUAGGGAAAGCAUUGGAUUGGCUAAAAAUUGGCUAUUUUGAUGAUGUCACAAAUGGGGCGGAGCCAGCGCGGUACUGGAAAUAAGGUGCGUUUUAAACUUUUAUAGGAGGGUCAAGGGGGGGCAAGCCACCUAAAUGAUGGCUAAAAAUUAUGGCUAACAAUUGGCCAUUUCGAUGAUGUCACAAAUGCGGCGGAGCCAGCGCAGUACUGGAAAUAAGGUGAGUUUUAAACUUUUAUAGGGGGGCUAAGGGGGGGCAAGCCACCUAAAUGAUGGGUUUAGCACUAUAGGGUCAGGAACACAUGUUAGUGAUCCUUUAAUAUAUUGGAUGAUGCAUAGACAAAAUAUUAGACUAAAUUACCAACUGUUAAUAUAUAGACAAUGACUUGCAGACUUUAUGAACCGCAAAACACUUUACAAUCUGCUAGAAAGAAAAUGUCUCUUCCAGGAAUUGGGUGAUAAGACAAGUAACAUAAUGGCCUGACAGAUUUGGAGACAUGAGCUUUUUAAUAAUGUCCCUAAGAUUUGUAUAGACUUAGGCUAUACGUUUCCAUUUCUUCUUUGAAUAAAGUACACUUUGUUUUCACUUGAAAAAGUCUGACAGGCUGCAAGAUUAUUUAAUAAGAAUGUGCAUUCUCUACCCCACAAAGUGAUUAAAAUUUUGAAGAGCAUAUCACAGAAGAUAUGCUUCAGAUGGAAAUCAAAAACUUAAAUGGAAGAAUGGGAAGUCACCAGGCCCAGAUUAGUUGCCUGACAAUUGUUAUAAAUCAUUUGGGAUGUCCUUCUCAUUACUCAGUUAUGUUAAGGGGGGCAUCAAAUAGAUAGAAAUGAUCCUAGUGCUUGUUUUUUGUUACAAGCUGCCUUCUUAAUUUGAAUAUCAAGCUUUUCUAGAAAUCUCUUGCAAAGACUCUUUGCAUAACCUGGUUCACAUAAAUCUUUUGGGUUUUCUUGAUAAAUUAGAGGCUACAUAUAUUGACACUGGAGCACUCUGCAUGAUCUGUGAAGCCACAAAUUCGUCACAGCACCUAGGACUCCUGUCAACGUGUUUAGUAGGGUUGUCUUGGCAUACAUGCUCUCAGACCUAAUUCACAUGGGACUUGGUGAGAAGAUAUGAACCUAAAUUGGUGCCAUGUGCUCAGCCCCUUUCUCAAGGGUGAAGGUCAAUGGAGCUCUCAGAGAGGCACUCUCACAAGAGAAUGCAUACUUUUGAACAUCCUCCUUAUCCUCUUGUUUGUGGUAGUCCUUUAGUCUAUUUGGGGAUUAAAUGGUUUCUGCUCCCACAACAAAAUCUUUUCUUACACAGAAAUCUUCUUGUUCGUGCUUUCCCUGCCAGAGAUUUCCAUUCCAGCCGCCAUGGCUGAAGUUCACACAUGCAUGAAUCUAGCUAAUUUAGACUAAGACUUGAAUAUCUUCAUUCUUCAAUAUGAGCCUGCUCACUUAAGGGCACAUUUUAAUUUCCUCUGUGAGGCAAAGUGCCAUUGUGGGUUUGGACAAGUGAUGACCUAUGAUGACUCUUAAUGUAUAAUUUUUGUCCUGAUUUGUCACGAUGGUCGCUGCUGCGUGUCUGGUGUCUCUUCCCAUGCUCUUUCGUUCCGUCCCAAUGAGCUUCUGAUGCUUCAGCUGCCUUGAGCCAACAUCAGUGCUGCAAUCUCAUGUAUGCACGAGAGUAGAACACCAAGGUCUAAGGACAUUUUUGCAAGAUCGCAGGACAUUCCCCAGACAGAACCUAUUCCUCUCAGCUGGCACUAGUGAUGAAUAUAAAUUAAAAGUGCCACUUUAAGAUGCACAUCCUCCCUCAGGUAUUGAAUUUUAUUACAGCCCUCCCCAUCUAAAUGCCAGCUAGCAUUUUCUAAAUAGGGCACAAAAGGGGAGAGGGGCUAUGUAAGGGUACAUGAGGGGAGUGUAACGGAUCACCUGGCACCCCGACUGGAUACCUCCAUUGAAGGAUGCUCCUAGCACUUCCUGAGGACUCCAAGCACUCUGGCAGACACCACAAUCACCGAACCGGAGAAGCGUAUACCUUCUCUCAAGCAUAUGAAUGCUAUAAACAGCUGAAUAGGCAAAAACCAUACGGAUGGGUUUAGACUCCUAGCAGUCAAACUGGAACAGUAUACAAUAAAUCCUUCCCCAAUAAUGAGACGACACUUCACUUUGAGGGUUAAGCAGGAACUGACUGGACUGGCACGUACAGCCUCUUUUAUUCACAAUCCACAAACUUAGUACUGCCCACAGGGUUUUACAGAACAACCAAUAACACGUACAAUACACUCAGACACUCCCACACAAAAUCCUCCCCUCUGCCUGUGAUACAAUUACCUUACACAAUGGGUAAUCUAAUUAUCACAGACAGAGAAAUACAGUUUAAUAAAACACAUCACAGGUACCCCAAAACAUGCAAUAACCCCAUAAAAAAGUAUAUCCUUGGAACCGGGGGAUCUGGGUGAACCACCUAUCCAAAAAUCACCCAGAUCCGUUCAGUACUUUGGAAGAUACAGUUUAAUGCAGAUUCUGCAGAACAUAUACAGGUUAAAUGAAAAACAAUCACUGUAUAAUGUGUCCCCUGCUGUAUAGUCCAAAACCACUGCACGAUGUCUCUGUGCACCAAAUACUGGCGAGAUGGCACCGUGUUGAAAAGUCCAAACAGUGUCUGUGAGUUAAAAUGGCCACCAUCCAUUGUUCUCACCAUGUGCUUCAUGCAUUGUUCUCACCAUGUGCCUCUGAUACAGGAAAUGGUGGCCACCCAGUAACUCCACAGUAUGUCCCCAGAUGGUUCUUAAGGGGCCAGUAGCAGCACAACACAAAUCCAUUAUGCCCAAAUCAUGUCUUUAAAGGGCAAUACAUCCCAGGGGCCAUAGUCACAUGGCAGGAGGCUGGCAAUCAGUCUUCUCCAAUGCCCAGUGGCGAGGUCGGUCUCGCCACAGGGAGGGAGGUGAAAGACUGCAGAGGAAGGGAGGUGGCUAAAGAGGGCACAGGAGGGGAGGGGGGCUAAAGAGUGCAGAGGAAGGGAGGUGGCUAAAGAGAGCACAGGAGGGAGGGAGGUGAAAGACUGCACAGGAGGGGAGAGGACUAAAGAGGACACAGGAGGGGAGUGGGGGCUAAAGAGUGCAGAGGAGGGGAGGUGGCUAAAGAGUGCACAGGAGGGGAGUGGGGGCUAAAGAGUGCAGAGGAGGGGAGGUGGCUAAAGAGUGCACAGGAGAGGAGGAGGCUACAUAAGGCACAGGAGGGGUUACAUAAGGGCACAGGAGGGAAGGGGGCUAAGAGGACAAGGGAGGGAAGGAGCUAAAGAGGGCACAGAAGGGGAGGGGCAUAGGAGGGCACAGAAUUGGAGGAGGCUAAAGAGUGCCCAGGAGGGAAGGGGGGCUAACUAGUGCACAGGAGGGGAGAAGGGCUACAUAUGCGAUCAGGAGGGGAGAGGGGAUAAAAAGGGCACAGGAGGGGAGGGGACUAAAGAGACUCACAGAUGCUGAGGGAAAAAGGCACACAGAUGGGCUGAGAUGGGACAAAGACACACAAAGAGGGGCUGAGUUGAGAUAUAGAGACAAACAGAGGGGCUGGGGGGCACAUACAUCCAUAGGGGCUGGGGGCACAAAGAGGAACAUAGAAGCACUUGGGGGGGCAUAGAAACACAGAGGGGCUGAAGAAGGGGGAAAAGAGACAGGCAAAAGAGUUCGGGGAGAAACAGAUACACAAAUUGGCUGCGGAAGAAAGAGACACUCAAAGGGUCUGGAGAAGACAAAGAGGCACACAGAAGGGCUGCAAGGAUAAACAGACACACAAAAGGGCUGGGGGGAGAGACACACACAAGGGAGGGGAAAAAAGAGACACACAAAGGGGUUAGAAAUAGAUGUCUACUGGCGGAAGAGGCCAGCCACAGUUGUCAGCGCCAGCCGGCUAGCCACAGUUGUCAGCGCCAGCCAGCCGGCUAGCCACAGCAGCCAGUCUGCUUGCCAACCAGCCACAGCAGCCUGCCAGCUGGCCAUAGCAGCCUGCCAGUCACAGCAGCCAGCCAGCAAAAGUAAUUAAGGUGAGAAGAGACAGCUUAAUUUGGGUAUCACAGAACUUUGUUAUAUCACUAUAUUGUGAAAGGGGGCCUGCGUUUUAGAGAACACAAUCUUCAGGUCCUUUAGACUCCGUUGUGGUCUCUAAUGGGGUCUUGAGGGCCUCUUAUUAACAUACAGUUUACAUAUUUGUGGAAUUAAUAUUUUUGAAAACAUAAAAAAAAAAAAUUGUGGGUGUUUUUUUACACACACUACAUCCCCUGCGCACAGACACACCCUGCAUUCUCUGCACACACACAGAGACACACUGUAUUCCCUGCACACAUGCAACCACACACUGCAUCCCCAGCACACACUCAGACACUAUUCACUACACACACACUGCAUAACAUAAUGGAUGUGGUUGUGUUUUGGUGUGCAUGCACCAUAAAACCUGUACAUGGGGGGUACUGUUUUACUCAGGAGACUUUGCUGAACACAAAUAUUAGUGUUUCACAACAGUAAAAUGUAUUACAACAAUGAUAUCGUCAGUGAAAGUGACUUUUUCUGCAUUUUUUAGACACAAAUGGCACUUACACUGACAAUAUAAUUGUUGUGAUACGUUUUACUGUUUUGAAACACUAAUAUGUGUGUUCAGCAAAGUCUCCCGGGUAUAACAGUAGCCAUCAUGUACAGGUUUUAUGGUGUUUUCAAAAGUUACAAAGUCAAAUAUAAGGCUUGCAUAUCAGUUUUUUCACAUUAAAAUUUGCCAGACAAAUUUAUAUGCUACCCAAUUUAUUGAUACCAAUCCAGGUAGCUAUGCAGUCAGAGCAUGCUUGGCAUCAAACAUAUGUCUCUGAACUUAAAAAAUUCUGCGCUCUUACAAUGCUCAUGGGGAUUAGAAAGAAGCCAUCGAAUCGCUCUUACUGGAGCACCAACCCUAUCUGUUCUAGUCCAGUGUACUCCCAAACCAAGUCUAGAGCAAGAUAUGAGUUGCUGCUGAGAUAUUUACAUUUUAAUGACAAUACCCUCUGUCACCCCAGAAACAACCCCCAAUAUGAUAGGCUUCAUAAAAUACGCCCACUGGUAGACCAUCCUCAGCACAAAUUUUCUGAAGUUUAUACUCCCCAACAAAAUGUAUCCAUUGAUAAAUCUUUAAUGAAAUAUAAAUAGAGAUUAGGAUUCAAACAAUACAUCCCCUCAAAGCACUCUAGGUAUGGCUUAAAAUUCCACAAACCGUGCCGAGAGAGAAAGUGGCUAUACAUUUGCCUUUCGUGUAUAUGAGGGGAAAGAUGUUCACCUGGACCCUCCUAGCUGUCCUGACUCUCUGGGGACAAGUGGGAAAGUUGUUUGUGACCUGCUGAUCCCCUUGUUCAAUAAAGGGUACCACCUUUAUGUGGACAAUUUUUAUAGCAGUGUCCAUUUGUUUCAAACUCUUUUUGGUUUGCAGACACUAGCCUGCGGCACUGUGAGAAAAAAUGCCAAGGAUUUCCCCAGACCUCUCAUAGAGGCCAAGUUAAAAAUGUGAAUAUAAAGCUCUGCGCAAAGCAGAAGUGCUUGCAAUAAAAUUUAAGGACAGGAAGGAUUUUAACAUGCUAACCACCAUCCAUGACGAAAGCAUGUCAGACGUCACUGUCCAAGGCAGAGUACAGACCAAACCUGUUUGCAUCAGGACCUUUAACAGGCAUAUCGGGGGUGUUGAUCUGGCUGAUCAGCUGAUGCAGCCAUAUCUUAUUUUAAGAAAAACAAAAGCAUGGUAUAAAAAGGUGGCUAUCUAUCUUAUGCAAGUAGCAACCCACAAUUAAUUUUUACUCUUUAAAAAAAUGAAUCCAGGAAAAACCACCUCUCUCCAAUUUCAGCUCAAGCUCAUUUCCACAAUCAUUUAUGGAGAUGGUCAAGUUCCAACAAGGGUGCCAGAGGAGUCCAGAAUUGGUGCUACACAGUGGCGUACAUACCAGGGUCGCAGGGGUCGCGGCUGCGACCGGGCCCGGCACACCAGGGGGCCCGGCCGCCCCUGCGACCCGGUAUGUACGCCAUUGGGCCAGCCUCUUCCCCUGGGGGGCGCAGGAGCCGAUCACCCCAGGGCCCCCCCGAGGCUGACCCUGCUGUCACCCGGCAGGCGGGCGCGCGAGGGAGCACUCAGUGCUUCCUCUUCAGCUCCCUCGCGCACCGCACUGAUCCCAGAGCCGGAAGAUGACGUCAUCUUCCGGCGCUGGCAUCCUUACGCGGCGCGCGAGGGAGCUGAAGAGGAAGUACUGAGUGCUCCCUCGCGCGCCCGGCUGCCCGCCCAGGUGCCCAGCAGUACCACCAAUGGACACCAGGGAAUCCCCCCAGCACUCCAAAAGGUAAGGAGGCUGGGGGGAUUACAUUAAAAAACAAAAAAAAACGUGUUAGUGUUUAAGUGUGUGUGAGUGUUAGAGUGAGUGUGUGUGAGUGUUAGAGUGAGUGUUAGUGUGAGUGUUAGAGUGAGUGUGUGUGAGUGUUAGAGUGAGUGUUAGAGUGAGUGUUAGUGUGAGUGUGAGUGUUAGAGUGAGUGUUAGUGUUAGAGUGAGUGUUAGUGUGAGUGUUAGAGUGAGUGUUAGAGUGAGUGUGAGUGUUAGAGUGAGUGUUAGUGUGUGUGUCUUACUGAGUCUGAUGUUUUGUCAGUGAGUGUGUAUGUAUGUCUGUCGCUGAGUGUGUCUCUGUCAGUAAAUGUGUGUGUCUGUUAGCUAGUGUGUAUGCGUCUGUAAGUGAGAGUAUGUUUGUCUUCAGCACUUACCUUUCUCCAGCGCCGGACUCCCUUGGCGCUGGGGAUCCCUCAGCCUCUCAGCUCCGAAUGAGACCGCGCACGCAUUCAAACCGCCCAUAGGAAAGCAUUACUCAAUGCUUUCCUACGGACGUUCAGUGUGCUCCUCUAGCGGCUGUCAGUGAGACAGCCACUAGAGGCUGGAUUAACCCUCAGUGAAUGUUUUCAGCUGCAGGGUUAAAACUAGAGGGACCUGACACCCAGACAACUUCAUUGAGCUGAUGUGAUCUGGGUGUCUGUAGUGGUCCUUUAAAGGACCAAUAUAGUGCCAGGAAAACAUACUCGUUUUCCUGGCACUAUAGUGCCCUGAGGGUGCCCGAACCCUCAGGGACCCCCUCCCGCCCGGCUCUGGAAAGGGGAAAAGGGGUUAAACGUUUUCCAGUGCUGGGCAGAGAGCUCUCCUCCUCCGAUCCUCCUCUUCUCCUCCCCGUCGGCUGUAUGCGCACGCACGGCAAGAGCUGCGCGCGCAUUCAGCCGAUCACAUAGGAAAGCAUUCAUAAUGCUUUCCUAUGGACGAUGGCGUGCUCUCACUGUGAAAAUCACAGUGAGAAGCACGCAAGCGCCUCUAGCGGCUGUCAAUGAGACAGCCGCUAGAGGAAAUAGGGGAAGGCUUAACCCAUUCAUAAACAUAGCAGUUUCUCUGAAACUGCUAUGUUUAUGAAAAAAUGGGUUAACCCUAGCUGGACCUGGCACCCAGACCACUUCAUUAAGCUGAAGUGGUCUGGGUGCCUAGAGUGGUCCUUUAAGUGUGUGUGCAUCUGCAUGCACUGGCGUACAUGCAGGGGUCGCAGCCCUGUAACCCCUGCGACCAGGUGCCCACCGCCAUGUGUUGCGGCCCGGCCGCGCACCGGGGGGGUGGGCCCACGGAUCAAUUUUCGCACCGGGGCCCCAUGGGUCAUGUGUACGCCACUGGUGCUACACAUGUUAUUUUAAAAAUACCGCCAACUGCAAGAAACAAACAAAUCCCCAGAAACUUUGCCGGGUCUGUUAUAAAAAAGGAAAAAAGGACAGACACCCCCUUUUACUGUCCCGAUUGCCCUUCAAAACCUGGUCUGUGUAUUGGAACAUGUUUUAAGCUCUACCACACAGAACAUACCUUUUUGUUACACUUGUUCUUGUAUUUAUGUUUUUUUUUUUUGUUUCUUUUGAAAGCAGCAAAUUUUAGUUAGUCAGUUUCCUUCCCCCAAAUCUCCAGUUAGAUACUUUUUGCAGGAGUUAGUUUAGAGAUUGCUGCUAAAGGUGCAUUUAAUACCUGCACAUUUAGUUUAGAAAAGUUAAAAAGGUUUCUGGCAGUAACAGAUAACCGGCUGGCCAAAAUCUAAAAGCAAUGUGUGAAUAAAAAAUAGAAUUCAAAAAUUACCACCACACACUUUCUCUGAAUUUUUGGGGCAAAAUGGUUGGGGGAAAGAAGUCAAAACACCCCAUCUUCUAUAACCUUGGAUGUCUACCUUAUAAAAAAUAUAUACUUCCAAACCAUAAAUUCAACUUGGAGGAUGUAAAAAUGCAUCACACUCAAUAUGUGCCUAGCAAACAAGCAAACUCUAUUCAGCCAAAAUGGGCAAGUCCAAAACUUGUUACUAUAAAAUUGUGGCAAACCAAUGCAUGGGGGGCAUAGGUGUACUCGCGGGACUUUGCAGAAAAAAAAUUGUUUUUUUUCUGGCAGUUACAUAUAACCAGCUGGCUAAAAUAAAAAAGCAGAAUUAAAAAAAUUACCACCAUGCACAUUCUCUGAAAUAUUUUUAGCACAAUGGUUGAGGGAAUGAUGUUAAACACCCUAUAUAUGGCAUGUCUACUUUAUAAAAGAUAUACACUUUCAUGAUGGUAACAUUAACUGGGGGAUGCAAAAAUACCCCAAACUGAAGAGAGGCCAAGCAUACCUAUAUAUCAAGUUGAAAAACUGACAUGCACAAGUCUCGAUCGUGGCCUUUUAGCCCCUAAACAACCCAGCAAAGCUAUGCAUGGGUGAUAUCACCGUACUCAGGAGAUGUUGCUGAACACAUAUUGGAGUGUUGUUUGGCAGUGAUAAAUAACAGGAUCUGUUAAAUAAUGCCUAAAGUACAAUGUGUGUGGGAAAAAACAAAAAAAUUACUACUCAAAAGGUUGGUGGUAGAAUUCAAUGCAGGAAAAGUGUUACAAUACCACCAUUUAAAAUACGCUGGGUUGUCUACUUUUAAAAAAUAUAUGGUUUAAAGGGGAUAAAAUACAUUGGCCCAAAUAGGACAUGGGCGCUGGUUGACUACAUGUCAAAACGGAUAUGCGCACCUGCCAAAUGCGGCCUUUUAGCCCCCAAACGACCCGACAAGCCUAUGCAUGGGUGGUAUCACUGUACUCAGGAGAUGUUGCUGAACACAUAUUAGUGUGUUUUUUGGCAGCAACACAUAACAGGAUCUGUGAAUUUAUACCUGAAUUGGAAUGUAUGUGAACAAAAAUCAAAAAAAUAAAUUACCUAUGAGACAUUUGGCAAAGAUUGGUGGUAAAAUGGCUAUAUAGAAAGUGUCAAAAUAUCCUGAGAUGAAUACCCUGGUUUGUCUACUUUAAAAAAAAUAUGUACAUGUGGGGUGUUUUUUGAGAAAUUUAUGGCAAAUGUUGUCAUUAGCUUUUGUAGAUGAGUAAAAGAUUUUUAAAAGUAAAAGUAAAAAAAAAAAAAAAAUGUUUUUUUUUUAAAUUAAAUUAUAUGACAUGAUAGAAAUAAUGGUAUGUAAAGAAAGCCCUUCUUGUCCUGAAAAAAACCAAUAUAUAAUUUGUAUGGGAACAGUAAACGAGAGAGAGGAAAAUUACAGCUAAACACAAACAACGCAAAAGUGUUAACGUCCUUAACGUACAACAUGGCCAUAAGUCUGGUCCUGAAGAGGUUAAACUUCUCCUGUGUUUUGGUUUUCCUCUGUUAUGCUUGUUUUUUUUCAUUACCCUGUUAUUAUAUUCCCCUUACUAUUCUGGGAUAAUGUUAUCUUAAAAUUUAAAUUAAAAAAUAAAAUAAAAAUCAGUGGUAAUUGUACCUACACCAAACACUUAUAUCCCUCUGCAGGUUUCAUCAACUGCUUUGUAAAAAAGAAUUACAUUUUACUUCAUGGUUGAAAUAUAGAUAUAUGAGAAUUCUAAUCGCUAACAGUGGAGCUAAUGUCCCUAGGGACAUUAUGUAUAUUAUUGUAAUACACUCAUUCACAUGGCACAUUGUUUCACAUAUAUAUUUCACAUGGUGACUUACAUGAAUACAGUACACAGCGGUGGAGACUCUAUUAUAUAUAUAUAUAUAUAUAUAUAUAUAUAUAUAUACUUUUCUAUUUGAUGGACACUGUUAAUAUAUAUAAUGGUACGUGAAAAUGCAUGGGUUUGUGUCUGUUACUACUCAGGCUUACAACUCUCUUGUGCUAGUACGUGCGUGCAAGAUAGAAUGGAGGUCAUGACAUUCGGAGGUCAAUAACACUUGUGCAACCCUAUUAUUGAAGUGACAGUCAAGAAUCUGUCUGUCUUUUUUAGGUUACUGUAUUAUGUGCUUUUUUGCUUUGUAAAAUGUGACUUGAAGCAUCUUUCAUUACUCCUUGAAGUGCUAAGUAUUCAGUUAAAGGUAUACGUUGGUAUGUUGGUACCAAAACAACUUUAGCUAAAUUACUUAGUUUUUGUGUAUAGAUUACACCUCUGAAGUCUCAAUGCUCAAUUUUCUGCCAUUUAGGAGUUAAAUCACUUUUAUUUCAGUUUAUGCAGAACUAGCCACAACUCCCCCGGUUGUAACUGACACAGGCUGCAUGAAAAAAAAAGUUUCAUUUUUGAAUCGGAUGUUAACUUGCUUUAGAAGUUUUUAUCUCCUGCUCUGUAAGUUAAACUUUUUUCACACACAGGAAGAUCUUGCAAGGUCUAGCAAGCUAUUAAGAUAAGAAAUUCUAAAUUAAACAGAAUUUGCAAUAAAGGAAGUUUAAACAUAUGACUCUUUAUAGGAAGUGUUUAGGAAGGCUGUGCAAGUCACAUGCAAUGCGGUGUGGCUAGGACUGUAUAAACAAAGUGAUUUAAUUCCUAAUUGGCAGAUAAUUGAGCAGUGAGACCGCAGGGGCAUGAUCUAUACACUAAAUCCACUUUGUUAAGCUAACGUUGUUUUGGUGACUAUUUAAAGUUUCCCUUUAAACGUACCUGUAAUCUAGCACUUGGACAGUUCCAUCACUACAACCUGAUUCUCCUACGGUCAGAUUAUGAAACUCAAUCUGUGUCCAGUCAAAUGCCUCUCAUAGAGAGACAUGGAUCUCCUCGAUCCAUCAAGCAAAUGCUUUUCGUAAGGAAACACUGGACACACAUAACCUGGCAUCACAAUACUCAGAUUUUAGUCAAGAGCCCCAAGAGCAGGGGUAGGCAACCUUCAACACUCCAGAUGUUGUGGACUACAUCUGCUGUAAUGCUUUUACAGCCAUAAUUCGGGCAAAGCUUCAGGGGGAUGUAGUCCACAACAUCUGGAGUGCAGAAGGUUGCUUACCACUGUCUGAAGGCUGUGAAGAAUGAGUCUGGAAAAUGCAAACAGUACCAUUGCUCAGAAAUAGCACAGCUCUUGUUUGGAAAGAUACCAGGGCAGUUAUUGAGACAAAUUAUUUGGGUGCUUAGAGAGGGCCUGACAAAUUUGUGUGGAAUCUAGGAGCCAGCAACCAAAGUUAGGAGCCAGGUUUUUUUAAACUAACUAAGCUUUAUUUUAAAAUGACAAAAAUACAAUUCUUAAUGUAGUAGUUCUGGUGACAGUAGCCUGUCCCUGCAUGCUUUUCAAUGGCAAAACUGACUCUGACGGUCACUAAAGGUGCCUCCUGUCUCAGUGCUGCACAGUGUGCAGCAUCUACAUUCAGAGUCUUCAUGCUCUGCACGGAGGCCCUGAACGUUCCCCAUAGAGAUGUAUUGCUGCAAUGCAUCUCUAUGAGGAGAUGCUUAUUGAUGCAGCAUUUGGGCAUGUACAGUAGCUUCCCUAUAUUAAAGCAUUGGAUUGACUGAGAUCUUCAAGCUUGAUGAUCUCAGCCAUGGAGACUGGGCCAGCCGUGGCGAGACCAGUACGCAUGGGAAGAAAGGUGAGUAAAAACACUUUUUCCAUGCGAUCGAACUCACACACACACUGACAGGCACACACUCAGUGACAGACAGACAUACACACACACACACACACAUUCUCUCACACACUCACAAAUUAUUUGUUUUAUUUCAAUUUAAGUCCACCCAGCCUCUCUACCUUUGGGAGAUCUGGAAUAGAUUGUUUCCCUGGGGUCCAGUGUGGCUUCUGAAAUAUUCAAGCUCUUCUUGCUCUGCUCCCUCGUGCUCUGUUUGGUGAUGCCAGAGUGGCUUCAUAUUUCAGCUCCCAGCAUCACAGCAGCCCAAUUUGAUUAUGGUUGGCUGCCUGCUUACCUCCAUGCUUUCUCAGCACCUGGCUGCUCUUCUCCAUGCUCCGUUGGCUAGCCACCUCGGAGGGAACGGGCUAACAAAGUCCAGGUGCCAGGACAAAAUUCCUAGUCGCAUGGCGACCUGGCAUCUGGAUUAUAUCGAGCCCUGGCUUAAAGUGUCCCCUUAAAUGUUCAAUUUAUUGUGUUGCCUUCUCACAGGUGCUUCUGUCAAUACUAAACAAAUUCAACAUUGCACCGUUUGGGAUAUCCUUCUACGCUCCUUGAAUAACCUUGUACAGGAAGAUUUUGAAAGAUUUCAGUAUAAGUUGUCAGAUGUUCACAAAGAUGGCAUAUGUCCCAUUGAAUUUGGACUGUUGGAAGGUGCUGGCCACAAUAAAACAGCAAAAAUUCUUAUGGACUGCCAUGGUGAAGAGAACGUUCUUGGAUUUGUAUAUCAAGUUUUCAUGACCAUGAACCUAAGGGGACCUGCAGACAAUCUGCUGAAGGAACGCGCAGUGAUUGGUAAGUGCAGAAAAUUAUUCAAAAGUUCUGUAAAGACUUGAUAUAAAUGUAUUUUUAUAAUUGUUAUGUGUUUUACUGGUCCAGAUGUCCCACAUUUUAGAUAAAGCAAGUUAUUAAAGGAACAUUCAAAACUCCUUAAGCACUUCAGCUUACUGAAGUCCUUACCAGAAGGGGGCUCUUCCUUGCUUUGAGAGCUCACUCUUGAAUGCAGUGCUACUCUUUGACCAUAGGACCCCAAUGGUGAAGCGGAGCUGAAGCAAGGAGACUGUCUCAAUGUUGGAUUUCAGGAAGUAACAUUUUUUUCAAUUUUUUUUUUUUACAUGAACAAGGGGAGUCUGAAAUCUGAGUCUACUAUGGGAUACUCCAAAGUUAUAAAUAUACAUUUAUUGAUUUUUAACCCUGGAGUGUCUCUUUAAUGUUGCAGUCAGGGGCAAGAGAUACGUUAAAGCAGUAAUGUUACCAAAAUAAAAUUUCCCAGUAACUUUGUAAACUUCAUUAAAUACCCAAAUACGUAAACAUUAAAUACCCAUAUUGUUUGUUUUGGAAUUUCACUGAAAAUCAAAAGCAGUCAAAUUUGGGACUACUUUGUCUUAUGGUCAUGCCUGAAGUUGACAAAAGGCAGAGCUUCUAAUGUCAUGUUUUGUCAGGGGAAUCAGGCAUCUUCCCCACAGACCUCUGCUGUAUUCUUGCGCAUGCAUGAGAGUACAGCAGUAACACGGUUCCUGCAAAAUAAAGCUCCAGGAGCUGAAGAGAAGAUGGUCCUCCUAAGACUAACAAUUUCAGGCAAGUAAAGCUCACGUCUGCUUACCACAUGCCAAAUGGGGAUGCCACCUUUGAGGCUCUUUCAAAAUAUACAAACACCCCUGAAGAUGACAGAGCUGCAAUAUCUGACAUCAUUGAAUCCGUUGUAUUCUGUUUGUUGGUUUGUUGAUUAGCAUAGCUAAAGCCCUUAUGAGAGUUUUGUUUUUUCCUGCUAUCUAUUUAGCUUCAGUCACACAGAGUCGAUGCAGAGGGUUUUUUUUUGUGUUUGUUAAAUUGUCUCUUUUCGGUACAAGGCUUUUGAUGGUUGAAUAGCAUGUUCAUUUCUUUUUAAUAUGGGGUUUUGUGGAAAUAAUACUUAACAGAGCACUCUGACCCCCUAGACUCUCUUUGCCAUCCAGGUUUGGUUCCGUUUGAGAUCUAUAUGUCCUCUUUUAAUGUUCCUCAUUUUCUUACCUUCAAUGUGGCAGCCUCUAUCACUGGUUUCCCAUUGAGAAAAAUGCAUGUGUAAAGUACCAUGGGCAGAGGAGCAGGAAGAUUGGCAGAGCGGACAUGUGCUGCCUGGACCACUUUCUGGUUAACUCGUUAAAGGGUUACUCCAAGGGCCAUAACAACUUCAGUGAUUUGAAGUGCCCAUGCUGCUUGAAGUCUGUUAUGUGCAGCCUUUCAGUUUGAAAUGUUGCACAUACAGAGAUAUAACUACACUUCUGGCAGUAUCAUUAUCCAGCCUGGAAUUAAAAGCUCUGGGCUGGGUAUUGGUAAAUCUGUGAAUAUUGGACAUCUGUCGUUAGCAAGCAUAGUAUGAAUUUAACGUUGGUGUCUGAACAUUUUUUAUUUCUUCCUUUCUUAAUCUGUAUAUAUUUUGGGGACGGGGUACAUGCCAGUAAUGGUUACUGUAGCCAAAAACUGUUUUCAUUAAAAGGUAAUAAGGUGCCCAGGGCCCCUGGCACCAUAACAACGUCAUUAAGAUUACAUUGUUAUAAUGCCUGGAGUGCAACUUUCAAUAUUUAUACCCAUAAAACAAAAUUAGGACACAAUGACAACUGAGUGCUAGAAUUUCAUAAAACAUGAAAUGGAGUUACAAAUCUCUUAGGGGCAUCUCUUAAUAGUCAUAGACAUCUAAUAAAACUCACUGUGAAAAUGUCUUCAUAGCUUUAAGGAUGCAUACAAGGUAACUAAGUUAACAUGUGUUAACUUAUUUCUAAUUAGCUAGAAAAUGAUUAGAACAUACUAUAGAAAUGAUGUAAGAUUUUCAUAUCAACCCUUGAAUUAGCAAGUGAGUAUUUAACUCAUAGCACUCAAUUGAUUUAGAAAACCAAAUCAAAGUAUUAUAAUAGCUUGUUUAGAUUUCCCUGUAGCUGAUCAGUGUCUGCUUAGCAAUAAAAAAAGAAAAGAAAAGAAAAUAUAUGUAUAUGUGCAUUGUUGUCUUUCUCUUUUGAUGUGUAAAAUUUUGCAUUUCAGAUAAACUAAACAAGGAAUUAUCAGAAAAAAGUGUGACCGGUAAGUGAAUAGAAUUACAAACUUUGUGAUAUAAACAUAAAGGCAUAUUAGUGUUCUAACUGACUUGCCUAUGGCUAGACCUAUAGCUCAUGAAGGCACUCUAUGAGGUCAGUUACAACAUUUUCUUAAUGUGAAAUGGUUGGAGUCAUUCAUUCCAAUAUUCAUUAUACUUUUUUAUUGGGGAUCCAAAUGCCGAAUAACCAUGCAAUCAGUCCAUAAAUUAAUAUUUAUCUGUUAGACUAAUAGUUAGGUGGGCAUUUAUAAAAAUAUAGCCUGGAAAGGGAUGUUUAUAUUAAGAGACUGUAAGCAUCAGCCCACGCACCUCCCAUAAAAGAGUGCUGGGAUAUUUAUUUAUUUAUAAAAUAUUUUACCAGAAAGGAUACAUUGAGAUUUCUCUCAUUUUUAAGUUUGUUAACCGCUACCCACCUUUCUACCUCUGUGAAUUGGUUUUGGAGUACAGCCUCAAGCUGCGGUAGAUUGGGUUUACUAUCAUAGAUUACAGUGUCGUCUGCAUGUGUGCAGACAUUAGGCAGAUCAUUCUUUAAAUAAUGUGAAUAGUAAGGGGCCGAGUAUGGAGACUUGGGGAACACCACACGUGACUGGAAGAGGGAGGUGCCAUCAGAAAUGGCCGCAUAUUGCAAUCGGUCUUAUACAUAUAAUCGAAAUCGAAACGACAGGUUAGGGGACAACCACCAAUACCUGAGUUUUUAAGUUUUAGCAAAAGAAUGGCAUGGUCUAGUAUGUCAAAUGCCAUGGCAAAUUCAAGGCAAAUAGCUCCAUUUAAGCCUCCUUGUUCCAUGCCAAUUUGGAUGUCAUUGCAAACUUUUAAGAGGGCAGUCGAAGUUAAGUGAUUUGAAUGAAAGCCUGAUUCAUCAGGGGCCAGAUAGUUUGAUUGUUGGUAUUACUCACAUAGUUGCAUGUGGAUGCAUUUUUCCAGGAUGUUUGACAAAACUGGGAGCAAUGAUAUCAGGCAAUAGUUAGAUACCAAAAUAUUGUCACCACUUUUAUGGAUAGUUACUACUUUUGCAGUCUUCCAAAGUGUGGGUAUGUAUCCAGACACCAGGGAUUCAUUGAUAAGGGUAGUGAUAGGUUUAGCAAUUGCCGGCUCACUGAGCUUCAGCAACAUAGCUGGUAUUUGAUCUGGUCCACACUGGUUUUUAAUUUUUCAAUUAUUAAGAUGUUUAUUAAUGACACUAUCAGCCACAGGUCUAAAAUUCAAUUUUUCGAUAUGAGGAUUUUGCAGAUGUAGAAGGGCCUGAUCUUUAUUUGUGGUCUGAAAACAAGUGUAAUUCAUUAUCCUAGCAACCAGGUUGGUAGCACAUCCAACAAAAUAAUUAUUAAAGGCAUUUGCUACAUCUAGGGGGUGUUGCAGGGUUUAACAGUCUAUUUUGACAGUUGAGGUAGGGUGCCCAAGUGUCCGGAUCGCCCGGGACAGUCCAGAAUGUUAAGAGUCUGUCCCGGGUCCCGGGCACUCUCGUUCUGGGAGAAUGUAGUGUCCCGGAAUGAGCUGAGCUGCUUUGGGUCCUGUCGGGCGGUGAGAGGCCCUUCAUCCGUGUCAGAGAGAAGAGGGAGCUGGAAGGAAGUUCCUCCCUUGAGAAUGCUGAUAGGAGCAUGGCAACGCUUCGACACAGCACUCACCUUGCGGGAGAAGUACAGACAGCCUGCAGCCAGAAGAGCUGCAGGCUAAAGAGCACUACUCACUACCAGACCACCAGGGCUGGCAGUGUGCCCCCCUCCCUGAAUAAAGGUAAGAAGAAGGGGGAGAGGAGAGGGACAGGCAGUCUGUGUAUUCAGCACUGUGUGUGUGUGUGUGUAUUAAUUUGUAUUCAGCAGUCUGUGUGUGUGUGUGUAUUCAGCAGUCGGUGUGUGUGCUGAGUAUACACACAGACUGCUGAAUACACACACACAGGCUGCUGAAUACACACAAACACACACACACACACUGACUGUAGAGUACACACACAGACUGCUGAAUGCACACGCAGACUGCUGAGUAUACUUUUUCUAUUUCUUAAGAGAUGUCUAAGUAGCCAGUUAAUAUUUGCAGAAAUACAGAAAAAUGCACUAGCAGAUAUGUUUUUGCCAGUCUACAGUAUAAAUUUGAUGACAUGCACUUGUGAAAGUAAGUGUCCCUAAAUGGCAGUUAGGAAAUGUGGUCACCCUAAGUGGAGUGUUGGAAGUGGAUUGUGGAUAUGAGGGAAGUGAAAUAAUAGCAAAGAAAAAAAUGCCAGAAAAAGCAAAUACAUAAACAAACAGGGGGGGGGAAAGCCAAAGAAAAAUCUUCCUUACAUGUUUCGGACCACCUGAAAAGACAUAGGAGUGUGAUAAAAGUGAAUUUAUUGCAUUGUCUUCCUUAAAUCAGGCGUGUCCAACCUGCGGGCUGCAUGUGGCCCUGAACCAUUUGUAGUGGGGCCCAGUUGCUGUCCAGGCGGCGAGGGAGGCAUGGAGCCCAUUACUUACUGUGCUAUUUCUGCACAGCUCCCUCGCACGCCAUGCAGUGAGUCGACAAUUGGGAUAUGACGUCAUCCCAGCAUCGGCAUCAAUACUGGGCGAGCUAGAGAUCUGUGCAUAGUGAUUCUAUUACAGCAGCAACCACUGACCACCAGGGAUAGUGUCCACUCCAGCUCUCGCAGAGCAAGGUAGGGAGGUUGGGUCUACCUCUUAAUUACUAAAUGUCUGUGUAUGAAUGUGAUAUUUGUGUGUAUGUCAGUAAUUAUGUGUUUAUGUGAUUGUGUGUCUGUGAUUGUAUGUGGGUCUGUGUAUGUGUGUAUGUCUUUGAUUGUGUACAUAGGACUGUGAUGAUGUGUGUGUGUUUAUAUCUAUGAGUAUGUGUAUAUCUGUGGUUAUGUGUAUGUGUUUAGUAGAUAGCUCUCUAAUUUGGUAUACUUAAAUAUGGCAAUUCCACAUUAGGAUAACAAAUAAAAGAGUUAUCUACUAAACAAUGAAAUAUCAAAAGAUAAAAAUGUUGGAGUGUUAUUAUAUUACAUAUUUAAUGAGCGGCUCAUGACAAUUCCUCUUCGCUCAAUGUGGGCCGGGAAGUCAAAAGGUUGGACACCCAUGCUUUAACCUCUUAAGGACCGCGGACAUAUGAGGUAUGUCCGACAAGAAACGGUCCUUCAGGACCGCGGAUGUACCUCAUACGUCCACGGUAAAUUUGAGCGCUAGAUGCUCUAAGGGGUAUUACAUGAUGCCUCUAUAUCAAGGCAUCGUGGAAUACCCCCCACACUGCAUGGUAGAUCACUCCCCUCGGAGUAGAUCACCAUGAUCACAUCUCCGCAAUAGGACUAUAGGAGCUGCCAGCAGGGGGACUGUCUGAGCUGUCAGGCAGUCCCCCAGGCUGCUAAAAAGUAAAAAAGAAAUAAAUAUGAUACAUAUACCGGUGGUCCUCAUUUAGCGACCUACCUGUUUUAUGACAGCUCGCACUUAUGACCAGGAGUAAGUGUGAGCCGUCGUUGGAUUCCCUGCUUUGGUGCACAUGUCUAUUUUCAGGGAAACUUCCCUGAACAUAGACGAACACACAAGAGCAGGGAAUCCCUCAAAUCUAUGUUCGGGGAAAUUUCCCCAAACAUAGAUUAGAGGGAUUCCCUGCUUUGGUGUGUUCGUCUAUGUUCAGGGAAGUUUCCCUGAAAAUAGACGAACGCACCAGAGCAGGGAAUCCCUUAACUCCUCACUUACCGACCGAUUAGUUCUAAGACCGGGUCAUAGGAAUGGAACCCGGUUGGUAAGUGAGGAGUGUCUGUAUUAUAUAUGUAUAAUGUAUUAUAAAUAAUUAAAGCAUUUUAUAAUAUAUUAUACAUAUAUAAUGCAUAAAUAUUAUUUCAUUAAAAGUGUACUUUGAGAUCUAUCCACAUAUACCUCAAAAUACACUUAUAAUGAAAUCAUAUAUAUGCAUUAUAAUAUAUAUAUAUAUAUAUAUAUAUAUAUAUAUACACACACACAUACAUAUUAUACAUAUAUACACACACACAUACAUACACACGUAUUAUACUUGUGUGUGUGAGCAUAUAUAUGUGUGUGUGUGUGUGUGUGUGUGUAUAUAUACACACACACGCACACACACACACGUAUUAUAUAUAACAUACAUUAAAAAAAAUCUAAACACAUUUAUAAAAAAAUAACAAAUACAAACGCUAACUUUGUGGCUACUACAAAAGACUGGAUAUACCCCAUUUUGAUUACCCUGGGUUGUCUACAUUUGAAAAUGGUAUGCCAUGAUGGGGUUAUUUGACAUUCCUGGGCUACCAUAUGGUUUCAAAAGGCAAGACAGACCCAGCAAACCAAUCUGGCAAACUGAAUCAGGCAAGCCAUAUAUUGACCCUGUAACUUUCCAAAACACCAUAAAACCUGCACAUAGUGUUCUACUCGGAAGACUUUGCUGAACACAAAUAUGAGUGUUUAAAACAGUACAACUUAGCAUGACUCGCAAAGUUCUGGUCGGAGGUGGAACAGAUUAUUCACAAGUGCACAAGCAUACAUCUACUGAGACUGCCUGAAACACACCUCCUACAUGUCUUCCCUAAGGGACUCCACAAGGACCACAGAUACAUCAUCUACCAUAUUCUCAUUGCCGCCCUCACAGUCAUUAGUAGACUAUGGUGAAACCAAGAUGAGCCAACUGUAAACCACUGUAUCCAAACCCUAGCCAUAAUCAAAAACUACGAAACAAUGGUGAGAAAGAAUAUGGCUCCCAAAGCUUUCAUACUGCGGGCAUUGGAAAUGUGGGAAGAGUUCUUCUCCCAGAAUCUCCACGCAGCAACUUAGCGCACAUAAAAUUCUUAUCUCAAAACAAAAUACAUCUAUGUCACAGUAGCACUGAAGGCGAUCUCAAAAGACAAUCAACCAACUCCGACAGCCGUGGCCAUACUAUUGAUCACAAAAAUGUCCAUAUUAUCCAUACUAUUGCUCGCGUUAAUACCAAGGUUGAAUGCACUAACUCAGAAUAUGUCCACUUCACUGACGUAUAACAGAGGCAUUACACAUCAACCAUGGGUUAUUAUUAAACCUGACAAGGGGAAGUUAGACCACACCGCACAACCAACGACUCUCCUGAACAGUCUUGGUAUCGGCGACUGUGCUAAGCAGAUGCUGGGUGUAGGAAAUGCACUAAUGCUACACUGAACCUACCUAAUAUUGCCCUCUCCCCCUCCCCACAAACCACACUUGAAACCCCUCAUCCCCAUCCCCCCCCAAAUUGUUAAACAUAGGCAUGCACCUUACGAUAACAUGACCUGCUGUUCCAUGUUAGCACAAUAAACACCUGUAUUGAAAUAAAAAACAGCAAAAAAAAGCAAAAAACAGUAAAACUUAUCCAGACGAUGAAAUCACCAGUAAAAGUGCAGUUUUUGUGUAACAAAAAUGCAAAAACAAAUAUGAAUGCUAACUUUGGCCAGUGUUUGUGGAUAAGUGGCUACUACAAAAGACAGGACAUACCCCAUUUUGAAUAUUGUAGGUUGUCUACUUUUACAAAUGUUGUGCCAUGAUGGGGUUAAUUUUCAUUCCUGGGCUGCUAUACGGUCUCAAAGGCAACAUAGGCCCAGCAAACCAAUCUGACAAAUUUCAAUGUGCAAACAUGGAAAAGGGGAAAGCCCUACAUUUGACCCCUGAAAGUUUGCAAAAACCCAUAAAAUCUGUACAUUGGGGGCACUGUUGUACUUGGAAGAUGUUACUGAACACCUAUUUGGGGUGUUCUUUGUCAGUAACACACAAAAGAAACUAAGAAUCCAUGCAUAAAGUACAAUGUGAGAGAAAAAUAACACAAAAAAAUGACUACCCAAAACCAGCUGUGAAAAUUCCAAUUUGGAAAACUGGAAUGCGCACGCUCCAAAUAAGGUCUUUAAGCCCACCGAGAACACGACACACUUAUACAUGGGUGGUAUCACUGUACUCAGGAGAUGUUGCUGAACACAUAUUGGGGUGUUCUUUGGAAGUAACCCUUAAGGUUCUCCAUACAUGUAUUCUUAAAUUGCUAUGUGUGUCAAAAAAAUCACCAAUUAUUAUUUUUAUUUUUUUUAAUUUUGGCAUAGAUUGGUGGUAUAAUGGUGGCAUGAAAAGAGUCAAAAUACCCCAAGUUUAAUACCUUAGGAUGUGUUCCUUUAAAAAAAUAUAUACACGUGAAGGGUUAUUCAGGAAUUCCUGACAGAUAUCAGUGUAACAAUGUAACUUGCAUUAAGUUUAAAAAAACAAUGGUUUGAAAAUAGCAAAGUGCUACUUGUACUUAUUGCCCUAAAGCUUUCCAAAAAAAGCUAAGAACAUGUUAACAUUGGGCAUUUCUAAACUCAGGACAAAAUUUAGAAACUAUUUAGCACGGGUGUUUUUUGGCGGUUGUAGAUGCGUAACAGAUUUUGGGGGUCAAAUUUUAAAAAUUUUAUAAUUUUUUUUUAAAGGUUAGGUGAUAUGAUGAAAAUAAUGGUAUCUUUAGAAAGACCAUUUAAUGGCGCGAAAACGGUACAAAAUAUGUGUGGGUAAAUGAGUAAGAGGAAACAGCUACCAACCCCGGUAUGCCAAGGCCGCCGAGCCACCGACACCCAACAUGGCAGAAGCCACGUGGACCCAAGCACCCGAGCCCUACCUGAUCCCACUGUCAGACAGGAUAGACCGACUGUUCGCGGACUUCUGGGCCAAGGUAUCCAGCCGCGGGGGCGCCCCAGAGGAGGUAACAUCGGAGGCAACCCCAAGAGACUCCACGCAGAAAUCAGCAACGCCGAGACAGGCCCCGAGGGGGACCUUGAAAGCAGGGAGAUGGAGGCGGGAAGCCCGGCACAAGCCCAAGCUCUCCAGCACUCGACUAAGGGUGAGCCACCCAAAGCCUCACCAGGGGCUCACCCUGGGGCAGCCCCCACAACACCCCUCCCUUAAGCGCACAGUCCCUGCAGGGGGCCGGAUGGCCUCACACCUUCAGACAAGGCACACCAUGGACCAUAGUUACAUAGCUGAAUAGAGACUUGCGUCCAUCAAGUUCAGCCUUCCUCACAUUUGUUUUUUGCUGUUGAUCCAAACGAAGGCAAAAAAAAAACCCAGUUUGAAGCACAAUUUUGCAACAAGCUAGGAAACAGCUUCCUUCCAGCUCCCAAGACCAGCACGGGAAUCCCCAAUAAUCACCGCCCUAAGGUACCAGGAGAGCAAGCGAUGAAACAGGGCCGGAUCCACACACAAAGAGCAGUGACAUUCGCCCCUACUAUAACCCAUAAUGGCAGCUCAAACACCGACAUGACACCAAGGGCAGCAGGGGAAGAUCCACCAAACGGGUUCACACGCCUAGCAAGCAGCCGACUGCCUCCCUAUGCCGACCUAACCGGGCUGCCUAUCUGCUUCCUCCGCGCUCCGACCCGCCAGUGUCCAAUAUGGCCAGAAGACAUAACGCUGCAUACUGAUACCACCACAACCCCCUCUGAGGGAAUCGGAUGAGCAGAUAUGGUCAAGGACUGACUCUCCGGUGCAACCAUGGACUCUAUCACCACAUUCUCAGACAGCUGCCGCAGGGGAGGGUAAGAGGUUUUGGCCGCACUAUUCAGUUUCUUUAUUUUACUUUUCUCUACUCCUUAGUCACUCCUCUUAACACUGCAACCCAAAACCUGGAGGAUAUACCCAGAUAUGUAACCUCCCCUCUUAACACUGCAACCCAAAACCUGCAGGAUAUACCCAGAUAUGUAACCUUCCCACACAUUAUAGUCCUGAACCGGGACUUUAAUCCACAGCAUCAGCACUGGGACGUCCCUUCCCCAGCACAAACCUCUAUCCUUAUGACUGCAGUUUAAACGUGAUGACUUUUUUGGAUUUAUUUAUUUUUCUUCGUUUUCAUCGCUCCCACACGUAACUUACAUUGAUUUGAACGAAUGUGUGUGCACAUACAGUCAGUUGACAUAUUCAAAGUCAGCACCUCUGUAGAUUCAUGUAACCUGAUUAACAAAAUAAGGUGACCCCAUGUCUUAUUAGCUGCCCUAUUGAGCGAAAUCUCAGGCACACAGCCUAUAUAUUUAACAUGAGGACGUGUUACAUAAGUGACAUGCUAGGAAACUUACGCCAGCUCAUAGUAUGCAAAUUAAACCUACACAUGCUAGCCAGAACACACGCAUGUACCACUCGUAUUGUCAUCCAACCUAUCAGCUUAGCAACACAUGCAAAAGUCUAAGCCUGUUAUCAUCUAAAAGCUAAGCUAACUUACACAAACCUACAUGCACGCAUACCCAGUACAUCUUGCCACACGACUCCUCAAUCUCUGACGUGUUUAAAGUUUAAGCCUGUUAAAAAUAAAAAAAAUGUGCAACGAUUUUCUCUGCCACUGUUUCACUGAAAUGUCAAAGUACACGCUGUUGUGGCGUCAUUAAGUCGCUUUGUACUUCCAUGCACAACAAAAAUAAAGGUUUAUAAAAAAACACUAAUAAAAUAACAACAAACAAAGUACAUAAGCACUCAUCCUCAGUUUAAAAGUUAGAAAUCUGUACUAACGUUAAUAAACAUCACUUUUAGAUGAAAAAAUAUGGAAAUAUGAAAAAUACUUUGUCCAUCAGUAUGUCAAAUUUUCCUGUUAUGCAGCCAUAUAGUGGAACACUUUCAAUGUACUUCAAAUGUAUUUUGUAACUGUAGGCCAAAUAAUUUGCAGUAUUUCCCUUCCACAGACUUCAGACAAAAUUACAUGGAAGAAGUAAAGGAUCAAUACCAAUGGAUGAAAGAGAAAAAUGGUCUUUUAGGAGAUGUGUUUAACAUGGAGAGAAGAUAUACCAAAUUGUUGCUUUUAAAAAAACACUCUAACGAAAAGGAGAGAGAAAAUGAAAUAAAAUGUUCAGGAACAAAACAUCUAGAAAUGAUGGCUGACCGAUCGUUAAAUCAUUCCAUGACCUCUAUUGAGGCUUUGUUUGAUCCUGAUGAAAAGGGAGAUAGUCCAAAGAUUGUGGUGUUACAAGGACCAGCAGGCAUUGGAAAAACCAUGACAGCGCAGAAGAUCAUGCUGGACUGGGCUUCUGGAAAUCUUUACCAGGACAAAUUCAACUAUGUUUUUUACAUGAGUUCUACGGAAAUUAACCAAAUUACUGGUAAAAUGACCAUUGCUGGUUUUAUAACAGAAAUAUGUCAACUUUCGUGUUCACAGCAAGUGAUGCAGUCAAUUUUGCAAGACUCUGAAAAAAUACUUUUUCUUGUUGAUGGUUUUGAUGAAUUGGACCAGUCUUAUAUGAUUAAAAGAGCAGCAUAUAAAAAUUAUAACCAUGAAACCACCAAAGAAAUAUUUUUAAGUUGUCUAUUUGCCAAACGUGUUCUUAAGAAAUCUUCAGUUGUUAUCACAACAAGACCAUUCAUGCUGGAGAAACUGAAAGACUUUAUUACUUGCGAUAGCUAUGUGGAAAUAUUAGGAUUAAAAGACCGUGAGGAAUAUUUCUUAAAUUUCUUUGAAAAGAAAGAACAAGCAGUGCGAUUCCUUGCUUUAGUAAAACAAAAUGAAACUCUAUUUACAUUGUGUGCUGUCCCUAUGGCAUGCUGGAUAGUCUGCACAGUGCUGCAACAGCAAAUAGAGGAAGAUCUAAAGGUAAUUCAUUAUAACACAGCCACCUCUGUUUACCAACUUUACGUGGAGAGCUUAUUGACAUAUCACAAGAGACACUCUGACCUACCGAUCAACAACUACAUAAAGAGACUGUGUGCCUUGGCCAAGGAUGGUGUUUUGAAUCAUAAAGUCAUCUUUAAGAAGUCAGAUAUCAGUAAUUUCCAACUUCCUGUUUCAAAUAUAAAAUCUCUGCUCCUGAAUGAGAACAUGUUUCGGAGGGUAGUUACUCCUCAGACUUGUUACAGUUUCAUUCAUUUAAGUGUACAGGAAUUCUUUGCUGCGCUUCAUUAUCUACUGAAUGAAGAGACAGAAAGCCCAAGCAUAAAGGAGGAAAUCAGGUCUUUGCUAGAGAUGUCUGAGAAUGAUCCACAUUUAGCAUCAACAGUAAAAUUCUUGUUUGGUCUCUCCAGCGUAAAACAAAUUAAUGAGUUUGAAGAAAUCGUCGGUUGCAAAUUUUUCUCUGGUUCAAAAGAGAUGUUGGAAGAAUGGCUGAAGAAAAGAAUAUCAACAUGUCAAUGUCAUAACGAUAUGCUGCAUUACUUAUAUGAGAUCCAGGAUGAUGAUAUUAUUAGGAGAAUAAUGCCUCAAUGUUUACAGCUGGAGACUGAAGGUUUGAUAUGUGGAUCUGUCAGCAGUCGGGACAGCCUCAUUGAUAGAUCUUUGUCCUUCUGUUUGGAGAAAAGCACAAGUUACCAUGACAUUACAUUUAACUUGCACUCAUUUAGUCAAGAUGCAUUGAAAAUGUUAUCACCAAGAAUUCGCAAGAUUUCAAAACUCAAGUAAGUAUCCAACAACAUAGAUAAAGUAUAGCUUUUAAUGAAGCAUAAUAUGGCUGUCAGGGCUUUGUUGAGCUAGAGCAGGAGAACUCUUUAAAAUUACUAUGAAGAAAGGAUCAGUUAGUUUUUUUUGGCAUGGAAUGGCAUGCCUGUGGUUGUAAACAAAGAAAAUUGUACAUAUUGUUAAUUCACAAAAAUGUGAAUUUUAUCUGUCAGUGUUUUUGUGUAAAAUCCUCAAAUUAUCACAGUUUGUACACAACUUUCCCAUCACUCUGUUCUGUUCUGUUAACCCCCAGUAAGAGCCUGGGAAAUUCAUUGAAAGUCUGAAGAUUUUCUUCUUCAAACAUCAAAAUGGUAAAAGGCACUUAACAGCUAGUGUUACAGUUUUUUUUUUGUUUUUUUUUUUAAAUGCCUCCUUGUGGUAAUUUGCCUUUUGACUAACUUGGUCCUUAAUUCAAUUCUUUUGAAAAAGUUUUUAAAAUUAUCACAAUCUGUCAUAAAAAUACAUUGUAAAUGAGUUAUUUACACAAGUCUCCAUUAAAGUCUAAGGAAAUGUAUGUAGAUAAAUCUUUUCUAACAGAUUGUGUGAAGCUGAUCCAAAAGAAUUAAAUCAAGGCCUUGAUGUCUAAGUCUAGAGUGACUCUUUCGAGGAAAAGGCUUUGUCAGAGCCUAGAAUGUAUCAGUUCCGUGGAUAAUGGCAGUGAUGAAUGUUUCUUAAACAGGUGAAGAAAUGUAACACUUUGGGAUGGCAUCUCAGAUGUAAUCAUACCUUCAAGCUUUCCCAAAAGAAGGCUUUUGUUAAUUUUUUCUGUUCUCAAGAAAUCUGCCUUUUCCAAGUUGAAUGAGAAGUACCUUGAAUCAUUCUAGCCAAAAGCUAAACUACUACCAAAGACUAUCUGUGUAUCUGAAGCAUUUAAAGAGUUGCUUCCAUCAAACAAUGUUUCUUGUGGAAGAUAAACUUUGUGGCUUUCAGUCUACUUUGUUCCUAUAUGUCUAAACUGGUUACCACUAUGGCUUUGUUCCGGUACCCCUUGGAAUCUCUUCCUAUGUUUUAGGACCAUUACUGUCAAUGAUACUUACAUUCAGCCUUGCCAAAGCUCCACUAAUAUUUACAAAAAUUAUUGGCUUCUUUCCUGUCCUUGUUUUUUAUUCUGAUGUAGUUGGUUCCCGGAGGUUUCCUUUAAGAUUUAUUUGAUCUAUUUUUGACAAUUUUCACCUUUUUGUUUUGUAGAUUUGAUUGGUGCCAAUUUCCUGAUGCAGAUAUAUCAUGCCUUUUUGAGCGUGCUAAUAAAAUUAAAGAACUGCAGUAAGUAAUGUGGAAUGUUCUCAAUGAAAUAUUGUUUUCAAAUUUCAAUUGAUUGUAAUAUACAAAAAUCCCACAGUAAAAUGUGGAAGUCUGUUUGUUACACCUCUAUCUAUUUUUGUGUGUACAGUGAUAAAAUUCUGAUUUAAGCAAUUUCUCAAAUAUCCCGCUGUGCAGCAUCCACAUAUCAUAAGACAAUAAAAAAUAUAAAUUUGAAAGAUUGCACUCCCAUAGUUCUAUUUAAUAUCUACAGAUGUACACCAAAAGCAUUAUUAUUAUAUUUCUUGCCUAUUGUUUUGUUUAGUUCUUUUUUUUUUUUUUUAACCAUAGGUUAUCAUUUAUAAUGAGUUCUAUCCGUCAAUUCACCAUUAUAAAUAUAGUUGUAGAAAUAUCAAAUUCAGCAAAUGUAAAACCUGAUACUUCUGCGUACUUCAAUAGUGUAUAUUACAGUUGUUCCCAAACCAGUCCUCAAGGCAACCCUACCAGUCCUGGAUUAAAGUGGCACUGUCAUGCCGAACUUACCUUUCCUCAAUCUCUUCCUCUUCUCCCCCUCCUCUCAGGAUCUGUUCUUCUUUUCUUCCUGUCUUCUUUAGUUUUCUUUAAAAUCAUAAGACAAAGUUCUUUGGAAUUUUCCCACGCUGUGUAAUUUGACUCACAACACUCUGAUUGGUGGGCUUGGAAUCUAACCAAUCAGAGUGCUCUUUGUCAUUUUACACAGCGUGGGAAAAUUCCAAAGAACUUUCCUACGUUGUGUAAAAUGACACAAAGGAUGGAUUUCAAGCCACCCAAUCAGAGUGCUCUGUGUCAUUUUACACAGCGUGGGAAAGUUCUUUGGAAUUUUCCCACGCUGUGUACAAUGACAAAGAGCACUCUGGUUGGCUUAAACCACCAAUCAGAGUGUUCUUAGCCUAAUUGCAGGGUGGGGCAAGGCUUUAAAAGCCAUACCCCACCCUGCAGAGCUCAGUCUGCGCGGAGCCCUCCAUGGGUGAAGAAGGAUUGGUUUUUUUGCGCUCAAGUUUUUAUUUUAUUUUAAGUUCAAAGGGUAUGAUGGUUUUUUAUUUGGCCUUUUUUGGGGCUGAAAAAUAAUAUUUUUUCUUUACAGGUUAGUUAUUUUAUUCCUCCCUCACAAUUUUUUAGGGUGAGGGGGGUAGGUAGGGGGUUACUUUUUUUUUGGGUGGGGGGGUGGGUGACUAGGGGAUUGGGGACCCCUAGUCACCUUUGAUAGGGGGGAUUUGUCUUAGGGUCCCCACCUGCCGCCCAGGGGUGGGGGCCGAGGGGGAGGACAGUAGGUUCCCCCCGCAUUGUAAUUUAUGGCCCCCACCCACCACGCAGGGGUGGGGGCUCGGGGGGAGGACAGUAGGUCCCCCCCAUUGUAAUUUAUGGUCCCCACCCACCGCGCAGGGGUGGGGGCCAGGGGGAGGACAGUAAUCCCUCCCACUCCCCCCCAUUGUAAUUUAUGGCCCCCACCCACUGCGCAGGGGUGGGGGGAGGACAUUGCUUACAUUGCAGCACUAAGUGCAAUAGGGACACUGCACCCAGACCACUUAAAUGAGCAAAAGUGGUCUGGGUGCCUAUAGAGUCCUUUAAAGUGUAAUCCUAUAAUCGCAAAUUUCCUAGCCUCCCGUUGACAGAUUUUUUUAUUGAAUCCAGGAGUCCAAUACUAUGCAUUAUGCAAUUAGCUACACACACACACUCACUCCUCAAGCAAAUAUUAAUAAAUAUAAAAUAAACCCAAACAACUUAGCAACAAUGGUAUGCUAAGAUGACCAGUCAUAUAAGUAUGUAAUCUAUAUAACUGGAAUUCAAACUACUUCACUUUCUUCUUUUUUCAGAAGCAACUUCCUUAAAGGACAACUAUAGGCACCCAGACCACUUCAGAUCAAUGAAGUGGUGUGGGUACCAGGUCCCUCUAGUUUUAACCCUGCAGCUGAAAACUUUACACUGCAGGGUUAAUCCAGCCUCUAGUGGCUUUCUCUCUGACAACCACUAGAAGCCGCUUCCGCGAUUCUCACUGUGAAAAUCACAGUGAGAAGACGCUGACGUCCAUAGGAAAGCACUGAGUAAUGCUUUCCUAUGGGCAUUUUUAAUCUGCACGCGGCUUUGGCCGAGCCUGAGCUUUCGGCUCCACCUGGGAGCCAAUGUCGGAGGGGGAGGAGAGGUCACCAGCACUGAGGGAGCCUGCCGCUGUAUAAGGGUAAGUGGCUGAAGGGAUUUUAACCCUUUCAGCCCAGCGGGAGGGGGCCAUAAGGGUGGGGGGGUGGUAAGGACUACAUAGUGCCAGGAAAACGAGUUUGUUUUCCUGGCGCUAUAGUGGUCCCUUAACUGGCUGUUGCCAUUAAGACAUUCCAUUACGUCCUGGAAAGCAUGGGCUUUCAAGAUGGUAGGAUGUAAUGGCACGUCUUAACAUCCAUUUCCUACCACAACAUCUAAGUAAUGGUCACUUUGCCGAAUCUGAUUGAGAGGACUGCCUGGCAACCUAGCAUUCCCCCAGCAUCAAAUCUGGUGUGACUGGAGCCACAUUAUCACUAAUACAGUGUCACAGCCAAUGAAUUCAAAUAUAGACUGUGACAUUGUUUUCUGCCUCUCUCUUUCCUAACUUUGAUCUGAGGCAAGAGAAGCAGAAAAGAUAAUUUCUGGCUGUGUUCCAAAGUGUUAAAUAAAAUAGAAAAUUGCUUGAUUUAAACCUUUCACUGCUGAUCACAGUGUUAGUACAGUGAUCAGUACACUAGUACUACUUAAAAAAAAUUUUUGUGGUCAGAUUUUUAAAUUUUUUGUUAAUAUGUUACUUAAUUUCCUAAAUUAACCUUUUCUAGUUUUUGUUAACCCUUUCCCGUGUUCUAAUUACUGUAUAGUUUCUCAGAGCGUUCUAUCAGACAUAACCUGAACUUUUUGUACCCCACUUUUUAGUUUAUUUAAAAAGAAUAGAAAAAACAUUUUAGUACUGAUUGCAGUUUUCUAUAAAAAUGUCUGUGAACUCAACUGUAAAAUGCUGAAAAAUCAUGAAAUCAAAAAUGUAUAAAAUAACAAUAAAACUGUGUUAAAUUUACAGACAUAUUCUGAAAAUAGUAAAAAUAAAACUGCAAAAUCCUGAACCAAACACAACUGUAAAUUUUAAACACAGAAAAACUAUAAUACAGACAGCAAAACAAUACAGUAAAGAUUCCAAGCCGAUAGUGUUAAAAUAAUGUUUGUCAGACAGAAUUAUAUAUAUACAAUACAUAAGAUCCAGCACACUCACCUAUCCACUAAACAGCAACUUCAAUGUUGACAGAUUUUAUUAGUUUUAAAAACACCCAAUCUAGGCAAAAAUAAUGGGGGUUUAGUUACAUUAUAUGAUCCUAUAUUGCAUAACUGUCACAACAACAAUGUACCCCAUCUUUGAGUGCGCUGGAUCUUGUGUAUUGUAUAAACUGGCCCCCAGCAGCACCCCAUAUAUGCAUGUUCAGGUGAGUGCAGCCCCCUGGUUUCAUAUAUAUAUAUUUGUGUUUUGGGCAUAAAAGCCGUAAUGUUAGAAGUAGUUAUGUAACUUCCUCAUAUUAGACAUACAGAAAUAUGACAAAAGUCGGUUGUGGUGUGCUGGAACCGACAAUGCGGUAAGCCUGUAAUAAAAGAGAGCAAAAGGGAAAAUACCAUAUAAAAAAUUUAUUAGGUCUACAAAAUUAACAUAUUAUGAUACAUUACAUAUUUACGUUACGGAAAGCUUGAUGUAUCUCCUGAACUGGUUGAGUAUAUUUCUUAAGUACGCAGAGGACUUCCAUCAUCCAUCAUCCAAGUCUUAAUGAUAUGUACAGGUAUAUUUUUCCUGGAGGCCAUGGUAGCGGCUCCUAUACGAAAGGAGUGGCCAGAGUAAUUAGCUGGAUUAAGACCUAACCUUACCAAUAACAUCCUUACAUAAAGCAUAAAACUACUUGUUGUCAGAGCAUUAACGUGUAGAGCUAGCAGAGGUUGAUCUGGGGAACCUUGAACAGAGGUUAUGUAUAUAUCCUGAACUGUGAGGGGGCACCAUUGAUUGCUGGUUGAGUAAUAAGGGAUUUUUACUGGCUGACCCCUUCCGCUAGUUUUUGUAUGGUUAUGGGAUAGUACAUAAUGGUCGUGAGCUCUUUUUAUGUAGUCGGGGGUGGUUAUAUAUACAGGUGAAACUCGAAAAAUUAGAAUACAGCGCAUGUGGCGAAACCAACCUCGCCACUGUACACUGGAGAAGCCGGGUUGCUCGCCUGCUCCCUUUAGACUAAGGCCCUGCAGUUCAGACCUGUUAUUUUCCCUGCUGAAAGGUUUAUUCAUGCCUUUCUGCCAGGGUGUUCGGUAGAUUCAAUCUACCGAAUAAACUACCGAACAAUGGACCACCUGGGAACUGGAGUGUGCCGUCAAUUGACCGCCCAGAAGCUGCGGUUAACAGCAGCUUAAUUGAUGAACGCUGGGAGGCCUUUGUUCGGUUGCCGAACACGUGGCAGCGGCCAUUUUACCUCCCGAACGGCCAGCGGUGUUCAGCGCCUAAACUAUGGAACUGAAAACGGACACUUAAUUGCGCGAACACCGCUGAGCCGCCAGCCUUCUUCCCUUCCCAUUCGAGAGUGGAACCGAAUGACUGUUCAUUCGGUAGUUUAACUGGAUGAACAGCAUUACCCAGAUAGCUAAGCCAUGGAGCCUGUUCAUGUAAUGAAAAGACUAUGUGAAGGACUUUGGCUCCAUGGCGAUUGAACUGUAUGUAUGUGAUCUGAGCGCCAUUCGGUAAUAAUGUGCGCUCAGAUCUGAGCUAUCUGGGGAUAUGUAGAACGUAUAUGUUUUAUGUACUGAAUGUAACUGUAGGUCAUUUUAUGUCUUUUACUGUUUGUUUUCUGCCAUGUGGUUAAUGGAGUUUUGCCUCUGUCUUUGGAGAUAAUUGGAUUACUUCCCAAUUAUCUCCAGGGCAGAGAGGAGGGAUUGUGAUGCAUUGUGGGAUGGUUGAAAUGUGUAAGUCUGUGAUUGGUCCUUUUACCCUUUGUGUCCCAGUCUCCUAUUUGGUCCCCUAGGGGAGUGUCCACCAGGUGGGAGACCUGCAUAAAAGCCAGGCAGUUAGCCCCAGUAAAUCAGUUCCUGCCUAACCCUCAAAGUGUUGUCUCAUUAUUGGGGGGAGGAUUUACUGUAUGCUGUUAGAGACUGAUUGCCAGGAGUGUAAGCCGCUUGGGGGCUUUUCCUGUUCAUCUGCUAGCAUACAGAAUACAAUAAUUCCGGUAGCGUUAUAAGAAUCCUUCCCUCCCAAGAACUAGACGACACAUAAGCUGGGAGUCAACUGAGCUUUUAAUCACAGGUCACUGUAUUUAUGGGAUUCCCCAUGCAAGGGGUUUCCCUACUGACAUUCCAGGGGUGGUACAGUAGGGGACUACAUGGGGAACUGAACAACACAUACAUUUCUACCACCAUACGAGAGGGAUACUCCCACUGGAAUAUACCGUUAAGUGGAUUAUCACUCCGUGCAGCAGAACUUACAUUUUACAUUAAAAUACAUAACUUCCAUUAUAUUCACUUUAUUUAAACGAAUGGAUGUUCGGUAGAUAGCUGGAGUCUGAGUGCACAGUUUGUGAGAAUACCGCUCAGCUCCCAGUCUAACUAACCGAACGCCGCACGAAAUACACAUUAUUUCCAAAACACUGUUAAAAUACUGAUUGGUAUUAGGGGAACAAACUACCGAACGGCCUGGAAGUCCAGCGGUGUUCGCGCCGUCGAGUAGCCGAUUUUUGUUCCAGGCGCUCGACGGCAAAAGACCGCUGGGCUAACAAAGGAACCAAGAUGGCCGACCGCAGCGUUGUCGGUAGCCGAACGACGGCCACCUGGGAAAGCUUUUAAUGGGUUAAUGGAAUAUACAGCAAUAUACUUGGUUCUCACAGCUGAAACAGGGAUAGGCACAUAUUCCUAUAGUUAUAGUCUUAAGUGGCUAGUUUUGCCACACUGAUAUAUUCGUUUCCCCUUUUACGUUGCAUUACUAAAAUAAAUUAACUUUUGCAGGAUAUUCUAAUUUUUCGAGUAUCACCUGUAUAUAUAUAUAUAUAUAUAUAUAGAUAUGUAUAGUUAAUACAAUGUUAAACAAAAAUCUGCACACCAGUCAAGCCAUAAGACUUGCUUUUCCCACAGAAAUCACAAAUUUGCAGUGAUGUUACUAUCACAUUUUUGCCUCAUUCCAUUUUGAACAUGGAUUCCUUUGAGUCUGUGUUUGCUAUAUACAACAGGUUUGAAACACAACUUAGGAAAAGAUGCAAAGCCAGUGAACCACUCAUGGACGGCUGUUUCCUUGUUAAUGCAAAUCAUCAGCAAUGGCAAAGCAGUGCACUUCACAACAACUGCCUACACAACAACAAACAGGAAUAAAAAUGUAAAUUAUCGAUAAAAAUAUGCUUAUACUUAUUGGUACCUCCAGCAAAAGCAAUACAUACAUACAACACACACACACACACAAAGUCUACCGAGUACACACACACAGUCUGCUCCGUACACAAACAUAGACUGCUGAAUACACAUACACAGACUGCUGAAUACGCAGACAGACUACUGAAUACAUAGACAGACAUACUGCUGGACUGGAUGCACACACACAGACAUACUGAUGAAUACACAUACAGACUGCUGAAUACACACACAGACUUCAGUGAGGGGUGCAGUGUAUGUGUGUGUGUAGGGUUGCUGGGUGUGUAAGGGGUGUUGUGUGUGUUUGUAAGGGGUGCAGUGUGUGUUUGUAAUGUUGCAGUGUAUAUGGGGUGCAUAGUGUGUGUGAGAGUUGCAGAGUAUGUGGGGUGCAGAGUGUGUGUGAGGAGUGCAAAGUGUGUGUAAUUGAUAAGGGAGCAUAUGUAUAUUUAUUACAAUUUAAAAAAAAAGAACAUUAAUAAAAGCUUUAUGGGUCCCACCUUCUUCUUACCUUUGACCCUGGUGGUCCGGUGGCGAGUGGUGCCGCUGCCUAUACUUCUCCUACGAAGUGAGUGCUGUGUCAGAGCAUUGCCAUGGCAACACUCUGAUCAGCAUGCUCGCAGGAGGAACUAUCUGCCUCCCAGGUCCCUCCCUCCAUGUCACUAACGAAGGGCCUAUGUGGCCCAGUGAGGGUGAUCCUUGAGCCUAAAGCAAGUGAGCAGGGCCGGCUCUCCGUGGGCCGACGGAAGAUCGAAUGAGUUUACUGUAAUGCUGUUAUCUAAUAUUUCAUUUAGUCAGCCAGCUAAUCAAUCAACACUUCAAUCCAAAGAUAUCCAAACAAAAUCACUCUAGAAAUGAGUCUGCUACAAAACAGUAGUUGCUUUUCCUGUCCAUCUCUACCUGUUCUAUGUCCUUCUGAAUGUUUACCAUCCAGAAUUAAACUAUUUAUUCAAAACUAUCUUUGUGUGAUUAUUUAUGUUAUUCCUGAUUCCUGACCUCAGCUUAUCCUGAGAACUCUUUGUCAGCUGCCUACACUGACUUAUUGGCCUGUUAUACUGACUAAUCUGAUUUCUGGAUACCCUGAUCCAUGGCCUGUUCCUGUUUACAUUACGCUCAGCUAUUAUACACCCUGUUCCAAAUUAUUAUGCAAAUUCUAUUUAAGUGUCACAAAGAUUAAAUAUUUUGUUUUUCAGUUUAACUCAUGGAUGACAUUGUGUUUCAGGGCUCUUUUGAUCACUGAAAACAAUCUCGGACACCUGUGAUAAUUAGAUUGCCAAGUGAGCCCAAUUUAAGGAAAAACUACUAAAUUAAGGUGUUCCACAUUAUUAAGCAGAGCACAAUUUUCAUGCAAUAUGGGGAAGAAAAAGGAUCUCUCUGCUGCCGAAAAGAGUAAAUAGUUCAAUGCCUUGGACGAGGUAUGCAAACAUGAGAUAUUUCACGAAAACGUAAGCAUGAUCAUCGCACUAUUAAGAGAUUUGUGGCUGAUUCAGAGCACAGACGGGUUAGUGCAGAUAAAGGCACAUUGAGGAAGAUUUCUGCCUGAUCCUUGCAUCGGAUCAAGAGAGCAGCUGCUAAAAUACCAUUACAUAGCAGCAAACAGAUAUUUGAAGCUGCUGGUGCCUCUGGAGUCCCACGGACAUCAAGGUCCUCCAGAGUCUUGCAACUGUGCAUAAACCUUCUAUUUGGCCACCACUAACCAAUGCUCACAAGCAGAAACGGUUGCAUUGGGCAGAAAAAUACAUGAAGACUAAUUUUCAAACAGUCCUGUUCACUGAUAAGUGCCGUGCAACCCUGGAUGGUCCAGAUGGAUGGUUGGUGGACGGCCACCCUGUUCCAACAAGGCUGCGACGUCAGCAAGGUGGUGGUGGAGUCAUGUUUUGGGCCAGAAUCAUGGGAAGAGAGCUGGUCGGCCCCUUUAGAGGGAAGGUGUAAAGAUGACCUCUGCAAAGUAUGUGGAGUUUCUGACUGACCACUUUCUUCCCUGGUACAAAAGGAAGAACUAUGCUUUCCGUAAUAAAAUCAUCUUCAUGCAUGACAAUGCACCAUCUCAUGCUGCAAAGAAUACCUCUGCAUCAAUGGCUGCUAUGGGGAUAAAAGGAGAGAAAGUCAUGGUGUGGCCUCCAUCCUCCCCUGACCUCAAUCCUAUUGAGAACCUUUGGAGCAUCCUCAAGCAAAAGAUCUAUGAGGGUGGGAGGCAGUUUACAUCCAAACAGCAGCUCUGGGAGGCUAUUCUGACAUCUUGCAAACAAAUUCAAGAAACUGUCCAAAAACUCACAAGUUCAAUGGAUGCAAGACUUAUGAAGCUGCUAUCAAAUAAGGGGUCCUAUGUUAAAAUGUAACGUGACCUGUUAAAAUGUUUAAAAAGUUAAAAUGUUGUUACAAGAGGGGCGCGGGGCCUGUCCGCCAACUGAAUCAGUCGCAUCAAGCUGCUGCUCCUCAGGGUAAAUCACUAACCGCACAUUACACAGGGUUUUAAUGCUCCCUUUUCUGGCUGCAAACCUGUCCUCAUACCCGGGGAGCACUCUGCUACACAUCAAUACCUCUCAAGCCUGAAUCCUGCAGACACAGCCUGCGGCCUGCAGUUUGUCUAGGUUGGGGAGGCGGCCAAUCCAAGGCCUCAACUUUGAGUCCGCUGAUCCAGAGCCCUGUCCCCCCCCUGGACCGGUGGGGGAUAUCCCAGUCCCCACUGGUGUACUGUAGUGGUCACUCUCAAGCAGAGGCCUCAAGCUGCUGGGAGGUCUGGUUGACCGAGAUCUGGCAGCCAAAAUGGCCACCCUGCAGGGGCAAGCAGAAGCGGACAUCGCACCAUGCUCACUACCAGAUGUGAACAAGUUCCUCCUAGCCUUCGAUCACAUCUGUGAACUAUUCUGGAAAAAGCUUCAGGCCAUGAGACUCACUUCCAACCCAGCCGGCCAGGCUGCAAACUCAUCCAGCUACCCAUCGACGCACGCUCACACGAACCUUGCAUCUCCCCAAAGGGACGACGGCAUAAGCUGCCAGCAUGGAGGGCACAAUUCCCUCGCCACUCUGACCCUUCUGCUCACCGCAACUCGUCUCCUCCAACGCGAACCAAGCUUCAGUGCCCACGACAACACCAGCCUGCACCAAGCAUCGACUUACCCAAUCAUAGGGCACGCAACACCGAACCUCAGCUCCCAACUUGGACACAAUCCUUCUGGAAUAUAUGGUGACCUGGCUCAGUCAGAGGGCCCUACCCGGAGGGGCAGAGGGAGAGGACAGUUGGGACUUACCAGCACUUGGCGUUGGCUGAGAGCACGGUGUGCCUUACCGGUAGCCCUGGGGUUUACAAUAGUCUCGCCCUCCCAACCCUAGCUCAGCUACUAGACCCUAUUUUUGCCGUAUUCACUUCAUGGCUACCCGAGGCUACUUACCUUAUCCAGUGGUAUUUUUAUUCACAUUGUGUUCCCUAUCAUAGCCCUGGUCUAUAACCCUGCUCCUUCUCUUCUUGUUUACCCACAUAGCAUAGGGCUUUUGAAGUCUCCUGGACAUUUCAAACAUAAUCUAUGUUUCUGUGUGUGGAUUUACUUGUGAUAUCUAUAACCUGUUUUACUUUUGUUCCUAUCUUGUUAUAACAAAAAAAAAAGUGCAGUACCUCUUGACUACCUGUGCCAAAUAUAACAUGUGAUAUGUAACACUGAACAAGUCACUGUUAGGCCUGUACUUAACUCUGCACUCAAAAAUAAAGAAUUUAAAAAAAAAAAAUGUUGUUAUAAGUUUGAUUGAAAUAGCUUUUGAUUUCAGUAAAUAUGCUGCAAACACAACAAAUGACAAUUUUCCGUUCUUUACAACCAAUAAAGUGUUUUGAAACUUACUGUGCGUAAUAAUUUGGAACAGUGCAGUGUAAGUUUUUUAUGUUUAAAAAAAAUACUGUUAUCAUUAGGAUGUUUGUUCAAUAAAAUUUGAAUUCUACUCUUAAUAGUUGAUAACAUGAGAAUUAUGCUGACUGUUAUUUACAUCAAUUAUUUAGGUAAAUGAGAAAAAUAUAAUUUGCCUAAUAAUUUGGAACAGGGUGUAAAGUGGGUAAACCAAACAACUCAAAAUACGGCAUGUGGAGUUGUCUAGUUUGAAAAAUGGUAUACCAUCAUGGGGGCAAUUUUCUUUUCUCUGCUGCCAUCCUGUCUCAAAGGUAACAAAGGCUCAUAAAAUCACAAUUUUCAAGUUUGAAAUGGGCAUGUAAUAUAUUUGGCCCAAUGACUUCCCCCUCCCCCCCAAAAAGGAAAAUGGUACAUGGGGAUACUUUUUUAUUUAUUUUUUCAAUUUUAUUUAUUUGUUUAUUUAUUUAUUUAUUUAUUUUUGGUAUAAUAGGCAUUACAGAAAAAAUGUUAUAUAACAUGCGGGUACAUAAAAUGAUAUACAUCGAUAAACAAAUACAGUGAUAUUGUUCUACAACAUCAGGACAGAUGCAACAACAUAACUACAGAGUCACUGACAUGUGGGGUACCAUAUUUGUGUGAUUGUGUGUUGUUCCAUGAGGAGAUCACUGGUGACUGCAGUGCCGUUACCGAGGCUCCUUCUGUUUGCUGUGAGCCUGGCCCCGGUCACGGGAUCAGUCAAGUGUGUUGAAGAGGAUGGAAAUGACCAAGCCCCUACUUGCUGCAAACUAUUUGUAGAGGGAGGUACCUUUUGUGAAGUGUCAGUCUGCGGGAAAGGAGCAGGUAUAUAGCAGUACAUGAGGGGUAUAAACACAACUAAACUAACUUAACAGCUAGGAACAUGGUAUCAACAUGUUGCAGGAAUGAGAAAUUCUUCUUUUUGGUAUCUGGAAGGCCUUUUCCAAAUGCGAAUGUCAUCUGUUUUUUGUUCAGCUGUAAGAGGUCUGGUCCCUAUAUGGCAUUUUUGUUUGGAAUUCCAAGGCGUGUCCUCGAUUUGAGGCUAGGGGGGAAAUGGGUGGGAUGGCGCAGUAGAGGGGAGGAUGCGGUACUUAUAGGUAUUCUAGGUGGUUGUACCUCUUUGCAUAUUUGAUGACCAUUGUUCCCAAACUUUUAAGUAUUUAGGAUAUGAGUGUGUAAGUGAGGAGUUCAACUCCUCCAUAAUGCGAAUGGAUUCCACUUUCUGGAUCUAGUUCCUGAUUGUGGGUGCAGAAGUGGUCUUCCAAUGUAGGGGGAUCAGCAUAUUUGCUGCAGUCAAGAGGUGAUUUAGGGAGUGGUGAGGGGUAUAGAAGGAACAGUGUUGCUUUUGGGGUGCAUGGGAUAAUAUGUCUAGUUAUGGCAUGGAUAAAGGAUGGUAUUCGUUUCCGGUAAGGUUGUAUAACCUUGCAUGUCCACCAUAUGUGGCCUGGUGUGCCUUUGGAUUGGUGACAUCUCCAGCUCUGCGCUAAGGUUUGUGGGAACAUAUGGUGUAGUGCCAUCUUGUUUUCCUUUUGUAAUUGCUUUCCUGGGUAGAGUUGCUGAUAGAGGUACGGAAAAUGUUAGUAAUGUUAGUGUGGAUUCUGUUUCGGAGAUCGUAAGGUAGAGUUCCUCUUCCCAAGCGUUCAGAAAUCUAGGGUGGGAGAGUGUUGUUUCUUCUUGGAUCAGUUUGUAAAGUGUGGAUAGGUGUUUGGUUUUGACCUGGUCGAACAGAGUUUCUCAAAGGGUAUCAGGUCUCUGCAGCCCUUCAAUAGUUCUGGUCGGGAGUUGAGGAAGUGUGUAAUUUGUGAAUGACGGUAUCAUAGCAUGUGGGAGAGUUGUGUCUGAAGAAGUUGUUCAUGCAGAGGGCAGGUUCCAGUUGUGGUGACCACUCUGCCUAAGGUGAGGUACGAAUUUUUGUAUAGUGCUUCGAAGUGAGCGGUCUACAUGCCUGGUCUAAAUAGUGGGUAAUUGGAUAUAAAGGUGAGGGAUGUAUGGACACGUUGGGUAUUUUCUGUAAUUGUUGCAACACUUUUAGAGUGGGCACAAUAGUAGGAUGGGACUUGUAUGUAGAUUUAAGAAAGGAUUUACCCUUUUCAUGCCAAGGGGCUGUAUGUAAAGGUAUCUGGAAUCCCUGACGUUCUAGUAUUAUCCAAUGUAUUUGGGAUUGUGGAGAAGCCCACUCGUAGUCUCUAGUGAGUAUGGUUGCCUUGUAGUAUGCUUCAAUAUCGGGUAGGCCGAGCCCACCUCGCACUUUGGAGCUAAUUCGUGUUUUAAGAGGGAGUCUAGGAUGUUUGUGCGACCAUAUGAAUUUGCUAAAUAUACGUUUAAUAGUGGAGAAGAAAAAGUUGGGCAGUGUAUAGAUAGUGUUUGGAGGAGAUACAGGAUCUUCGGAAGGGAGUUCAUUUUUAGGUUAUGGGUACAACAUAGCCACCCAAACAUUGGUUUGUGCCAGUGUGUGAGGUCUGUUUAGUUGACUGCAGCAGGGGUAUGAAGUUUAGAUUGUAAAGCAUAUGGAGAUCUCUGGGGAGUUGAACUCUGAGAUACUUUAUUGCUUUUUCUGCCCAAGCGAACAGGUACUUUUGUUGUAGUGUCAAUUUUACUUGAGGGGUAACCUGAAUAGGCAGUAUCUUGCUUUUAGUAAAAUUUACUAAAUAGUUGGAGAGCUUGUUGUAUAUGGAUAUUUCAUCCAGAAGAUGGGGCGUAGAGGUUAUUGAGUCAGUAAUGAUGAAAAGUAAGUCAUCUGCAAACGCAGCUACUUUAAACUUUAAUUUUAUGCCUUGUAUAUUGGAGUUAUUGUGGAUGCCUUGUAGGAAGGGUUCUAAUAUGAGUAUAAAGGGGCGAUAGGGAGCACCACUGUCUUGUACCAUUACUAAUAUUAUGUACAUGAUCAGAAAGUUGACCAUUGUCCCACAACCUAGCUGUUGGGGAGGAGUAUAUUGCUGAUAUCCAUUGUAGCCAGUUUGGGCCAAAACCCAUAGCUCUGAGGGUGUAGGGUGUAAAACGCCUUUUCAGCAUCUAUGGACAGUCACAGGCAUGGUGCAUGGGAGAGUUUGGAUAGAUGGAUAAGAUUUAUCAUUUUGACGGUGUUGUUCUUUGCUUCUCGUCCCGGUACAAAUCCAGCCUGGUCAGGGUGAACUAGUCCAUGUAAAAGAGUGCGUAACCUUGUGGCCAAGAUCUUGGUGAAAAAUUUGAGGUCAACGUUAAUUAAAGAAAAGGGGCGUUGACUUCCACAAUUAGUGGGAUCUUUGCCUGGUUUUGGAAUCAAGGUUUUCUGGAAUUUUUGGAAUCAAGGGCUUCAAGUGCUGAGUGGGGUAAUAUGUGGGAGCCAAGUAGGGAGUUAAACGUAUUGGUGAAUGUCGUGGAUAGUGUAUGUACAUAAGUUUUGUUGUAUUUGGUUGUGAACCCAUAUGGUCCCAGGCUUUUGCCCAAUGGUAACUGUUUAACCACCGUGGCAAAUUCCUCAGGUAAGAUGGGCGAGUUUAGGGCCUGUAGGACAUUCUGGGGGAUCAUUUGUUGUAGACAAUCAGUGAGGUAUUGCUCAAUGUUGCGUUCAUCAGGUGGGGUUUGUCUGAGGUUAUAGAGUAAAGAGUAGAAUCCUUAGAAAGCUGUGAGUAUGUCUGAGAGGUUAUGGGAGAUGACCCCUGCCUUCGUCCUAUUAUUGAGAUGAAUGUAGUUUGUCUGGCAUUUUGUAACAUUUUAGCUAGAAGUCUGCCACACUUGCCCCCCUGAGAGUAGUAGUUUUGUCAAUAGUAACUUUUUGUAGUUUUCUUUUUGUUUUGUCAAUAAUACCUUUUUUUGGUCUGUGUAUUGAGCAGUUGUUACAGUGUGGAUCUCUUGGAAACCAGUUGUUUAUAAAUGUCUAGUGACUGAUUGUGUUUGUGUUGUUCUUCCAGGGUCCUUAUGGUUUGAGUUAGGUCGGUAAUUUGGGCGUGUCUUUGUUUUUUAUUUUUGGAUGCCAGGGCAAUGAAGUGGCCUUGUGUGCCUCCCACGUAGUGGUGGGGGAGACGGAGGAUGUUGUAUUUUCAAGGAAGUAGUGUUUCAGUGUAUCCUCUACCUGGGAGGCAUUUUGGCAUCAUUGAGCAACAAGUCAUUGAGCUUCCAUUGGAAUGUUUUAAGUGGGAGUGAGGGGAUAAGGAUGGUCAAAGUCAGGAGCACAUGAUCUGACCAGGUAAUGGAACCGUAUUGGCAUUAAGUGGAGGAAUCUGUGAGGUAUGAAAAACAUGUCAAGCCUGGAGUAUGAACCUGUGCCAUGUGAGUAAUAGGAAUAGUCCCUGGCAGAUGGAUUGGCUAUGUGCCAGCUGUAAAAAAGCUGGGCCGAGACUAGUAAGGAGUUGAUCUUUUUUCUGGCUGAUGAUUGGUACCUUAAAGCCUGCGAGGUGGUGUCUAGUGUUGAGUCAAGUGAGAUAUUGAGGUCACCCCCCUCCCCCCCACAACCAUAAGACACUCUUGGAAGGAUUCAUUGGCUCUCAAGCUUUUCCUCAGUGCUCUACCUUGUUUCCUAUUUAUGAGGUAUAGGUUGGCAAAUGUGACUAUGUUUUGCCACCAUGAUGAGUCUACCAUUGCCAUCUUUAAAAUGUGAUAUGUAGGUAAAGGGCACGUGUGCUGCUAUGAGAAUGGCUACCCCUCUGGAUUUGGUACUUAUGAAGUACUAAAAUAACCAGUUGGGUGUUUUCUCUAAAGUGCGUCCCUUGGACAAAAACUAUGUCCGCUUUGAGUUUGUGGAACUCCGUUAAGGCUAUAGAACGUUUUUCGGGUGUAUUGAGACCUCUUACAUUCAGGGAAACUACUUGGAGAGUGGCCAUAGGUGUAUGUGCAUCGGUAUUUGAGGUGAGUAGAAAACCAUACAUGUAGCUGCUAACAAACAAAAAUAUUCUAACAAUGAACAACUAUGUAUAUCAAAACUUUUCACACAGUUUAAAAACAUAGGAUGCAUCAUAAACAUAUUUUGUGUGGGUAGUAACCGUUGGUGCCUUUCCCGUGAUGGUGGAGCCACGCCAUAUGGGUAAACUUGGUGUGCCGCAAUAUCCGUCUUCUCGACCAGGGAGACCAAGGGUAAGCGACGGUGCAUAGGUUGGCUGUCCAGACCAUAUGGGCGGCUGGAGAGCAAGGGGUUAGUAGUAGUAGAUUUAGGGGGUGGUCGUAGCACACACAUAAUCUGGUGAAAUAUUUAUGGAGGUAUGAUAGGUUUCAGGGCGUUUGAUAUUGUGUGGAGUGGGGGACCAUAUAAGUGGCCUGUGGCCUAGGACUAGGGUGAGCUGGCAACGAGCAGCUACAUCAAUUGGACCUUGGGCCAUAUCCUAACAAGAUAGUGCAUAAAGCAUCAUGGGGUUGGCGCGAGUAUAGCUGUGGUCAACAGGGGUGUAUAUUGGCUCCAGCCCAUGGGGUUGGGGGGUACAGUGGCAUAAUUCUGUGAGGUUCUGGGAUUUAUAGAGGGAUCGUAGUAUGGCUUACUGGUGGGUACAAGCGACACACCUAGACAGGACCCAGAUACAUUAUAAAUGCAUGAGGUGAUACGGUGAAGCAACAAUUAUUGUUGAACAAUUUAUACGACCUUCCCCUAGAUGGUCCUCUGGGACGGUUGUGUACACAAAACCCAUUCUAAUGUCCCGGUGGGAUGUUGAACAUUUGGUAAGCUGUUAAACCCUGUAUGGUGGAGAGUCCUGGGAUGGUCUUCUCAUUGAAGUAAGUCCCGAUGGGUAUGAUUUAUCAGGAUGAUAGACUGUAAUCGACUGUCCGAGGCUGCCUGCAAUACCGCCAGGUGUUGAAUCCACAGUCCCCGUGAAGAGGGGGAGGAAGGAAUCAGACUCAAGAUUCAGAUUUUUAUUGAACUUCAGAAAAAAAGGUGUGCGGUCUGUAAGAGUCCAGUCACUGUUAAUGAGGGUCUGCUCAUUGUAAUCCACAGGGUUUAAGUAGAGAAUAAAGCACUUCUUGACGACCUCUGGGUUGGUGAUUCGCCACUUUGGCCAUUCCUCAGUCUCUUGGAAGGUGUUUACCAGGGGCAUUGUUGGAGACAAGGCUGUGGUGGUUGCAUGGCUGGGCCGUACCAGGCCGGUAUGUGUGUGACCAGUAAGUCCAGAGUUUGGGCAAAUGAGGGUACAUCCUGGACAGAGGCCAGAGAAUGUGGUGUCAUUAUACAUCGCAAUUAGGACAAAAGGAAAUCCCCACCUAUAUCUUAGUUGGUCGGUGAUACGUCUGAAUGCAUGCUGUGCUUAGAGUGUGGCCCAGGAAAGGUCUGGAUAGAUUUGGAUGGGGGUGUUAUGGAACAGUAAUGGUUGUCAUGUCUGUCUUAGUGCUCAGAGGAUUUCUCCUUCAGGGAGAAAUAGUGGAUUUGACAUAUGACAUACCUAACUGAGUCGGAGGUUGUUCCCCUUGGCCUUAGGGCCAUAUGUGCCCUAUCUAGCAUCACCUGCGUAUUUGGAGCUCUGUCCAGAAUAAGGUUAAAUAGUUCUGUGAGCGUCGCUGUGAGAUUCUCAUGUUCCUGUUCGUGGAGGCCUUUGAUGCGCAGGUUGUUACGCCUGCCCCUGUUGUCUGUGUCAUCCAGUGAUCUGUGUAAGUGUGACAGGUAAGUAUUUUGAGCAUCAAUCGAGCUCUGCAUUUGCUGUAGCUGUGUGUGAAUGAGAUCUCUGUCAUCUUCUAAUGUACUCACUCUGUCCCCAAUAUGGCGGAUGCCCGCGCCAAUAUUUUUUAGUUUUGUCUGAAAUUACAUCUCCAUCUUUCCCAGCAUCGUUGCUACAUCUUGCCUUCUGGGCUCGAUGGCGCUGAUCCAUCCUGGGAGGAUUCCGGCGCCAUAUUGGGGCCUGUCGCGCUUGAAAUGGAGUCCGCAUUAACAUGGCAAAAUUUAGUUAGAGCCCACGAUUUUCCAGCUGGGUGGGUGGAGGACUCGAGUCCCUCAGGGUCGGUCCCACAGGCCCAUGAAAAUGUGUCUCCUGCAAAAAGGCGACUUAGGCUCUUGCAGCCCACACUGUACGGAGAAGAUCGGAGUUCUGGAGUGUUUAGGCCCCUAACAUUAUUGGACCAUAGGCUUAAGGACUCCUCCGCGUAUCCCGGCAACGGCUUCGUCCUAGGGAAUGCAAAGGCUGGUUCAGCAGGCGGAAAAAGGGACACCGGGCGCGAGACCUGCUAGAGUGAUGCAAAGAAGAGGGUGGAUAGGGAUAGCGGGGGGGACUAGCACGCAGUUCCCUGUCGGACAUGCAAGCCAGCCGGGCCGGCCAGGAGAAGAGGGCAGCCUCUGACCCCCUUCCCUACAUAAACUCUAAGGCAAACUAUAAAAAUAACUAUAUACAAUGUAGUUGGUGACUCAACACAAACCCCAAACCUCUUCUGUCUGUGUGUCUGUCUCUAGUGAGUGGUCCUGUCUGGCCUAGCGGUCGUCUGCACUUGUGUGCGUGUCAUUCAGCUCUGAGUGUGUGUGGUUUUAUGGUUCAGUGUUGGAGUCGUCGUCCCCCAGUCGUGCUUAUUACUCGGGUGUGUUCCCCACUGCCAAUACAGUGCGUCCCUUGGUGCGGUCCCUGAGUGGGUGAUGGCGUGCUGUGCAGAGCCUCGUACGGAUCAGACCAUCUUGUUAGCAAGAGUGGUAAGGGUCACUGUCAGGUGCCCUGGGCCAGCACCCCGCCCUCGGUCGUGGGUCCCCGGGCAGUCAGAUUGAGUCUGCAGGCAUGCGUGUGACUGUCACUUAUGCGUGUUGCUCUUUUGUGCGCCCACCCAACCCCAUCUAUGGAGUUGUCCCCUGCAUUCGUGCCCUUUGUUGCACUCGUCUCCCCCCCGGCUUCCGCUUUCCCCAUGCAUACUUUCACCCUGAAUCACCUGUGGGAUUGGGCAUAGCCCGGUACAUUACCCAUGUCCUACUAAUAAUGAGCAACAUACACAUACAUCUCGUCACAACAUUGUACUGUCUGUACCCCGCUCCCUGUACAAUCCGCUGCUCGAGGCCUAUGUCUACGGCCGACUCAGUCCUGCAGGUGGCAUGGAGAAGCGCGGCCCCAACCCCAAGGACCCGUCCAUGGGGCCACACACGGUCCUCCAUGCCAGCCUGGGGGUCCCAUCCCAAUUGUACAUAACUUUCAAAUGUAUCAUUAGCAGGUAUAAACCUAUGGGUUAUCAUAUAUUGUUAUAGUGAUCAUUAUACUGGCACGUGUACAUGCAAAUGGCAGUCAUAUGUGGUGGUGCCAUGGUUCAAUCACCCUCUGAGGUGCUGUCAAAGCGCACUACGCCCAAGACUCGGGGGUUGACCCGUGUCCAGCAUCAACCUCUCUCCCCACCUAUGCUUAGUAUUCCACCCACUCAAUUGCGCCAGGCCCUGGGGUCCAUACUGAUAAUUAGGUGUGGGUUCCAGGGCAGUAUGCACGAGUAUUAUAGUGAAGCUCUGAGUGGGGGCUGUUUACACUUCCUGGGCCCAUAUCUCUAUAGGUAAUCCCCAGGACUGUUCCCCCAUCCGGCAUCCGCAUCCCUCCACCCCACCUAUGCGAAAUGACCGACCCAUGUGGCUGUGCCAGGCCCGGGAUUCCAUGCGGAGGCCGGGACAGUAGGUCUGCUUUGGGAAGUAACAGGGGUUCUCUACAUCCCGGGCGUAGGGCCAACAGGCCAGGGGCCCUCCAUGCCUGGUUGUCUGUUUCUGUCAUGCUCCAUAUGGCAUCCCCCGCUUCAUCUCCAGAGGCACCUCACCGUCUCCCCCACCUAGUCCAGGAGACCCUUCCACAGAGGCGAGCAGGCCACAGCCUUCCAUUUGUCAGUGAGCGCACUAAACUGGAAAAGAAAUUAAACUCUGAGCUCAUAACUGCGGGUCUCGAACACCGGGGGGUUCUCAGUACCUUUGGAGGCCCUCUGGUGGGGCAGUGUUGGUUAUACCGGUUUUUCACUGAUGGCUUUAUUCCUCUGCUCUAACCGGGCCCCUCGUCGUCGCGGUGGUGUGCGUCCCUGUCUGGUAUCCUGCGAUCUAUUGUCUAGCAGCUCAGCCCGUCUGGGCAUCGCUAAAUCGUCCUGUAGCCAGUUUCAGAUGCCGGGCAGGCGGAAGCCCCGGAGGAGGUUUGUCCACAGACCCUGGACAUCACAGGUCCGACGGUGUAGAAAUGUAAUCGUCCAAAGUGACCAUGCUCCUGCGGGGGGAUCCCAUCUGUGAGGUACCAGGACCUAAUUGCUUCUUGGUCUGCGCCAUUUUCGGGGCUAUUAUUGCGAGAUUUGGCUUCAAAAAAUGACUAGGGGAUUGGAGCUCCUUUACAGUGCGACUUGCGCCAUGCUCAUUCAGGCCACCAUAAUUUGUGUUUUUAAAGUUUUUUGCAACCUGUUGGAUACUGACACCUUAAUCUCGUUGAAAGUGGCGUCUUGCAUAUGCCUACUUAAUGCCAUGUCACUACAACUUAAUAACAUUUUUCAAUUUUUUUAUGUUUAUCUUUUUCAAUUUAUACAGUUUGAUUGCUUUUGAGGAUCUACGCCGGUUAACUACUGUUUACAAAGUCUCAGUCUUAGACCGGGUAACGCCGGGUAACUACUGUUUACCAAGUCUCAAUCUUAGGCUAUCAACUGUUUCAUAUUGUACCUUGAUGUACUCUCUCGUGCAUCCAGUACCCUCCCAAGUGAAGCCAUUCUAAUUAUAUGGAACUUUCUAACUUACUUUAAAAAGUGCAUAUAGUAUAAGCUGCAGUUCAGCCAUACACGAAACUUGUAUAUUGUUCCUUGAUAUGUAUCUGUUGUAUAUGUCUGCCAUUCCUUUUGCAUGUUCUUCAAAUGUAGCUUAUUAUGCUUUUACCUAUACGUUUGAUUAUUUGUAUGCUACAAUAAAAAAUAUAAAUUACCAAAAAACCAAAAGCAGUAUAACCAGUAAAUGUGGCCAACAUUUGGGAUAAAGUGGCCAGUAUGUCCAAGGCUGCCAAACUAUCUUUAAAUGCUACAUAGACAAAGAAAAUCACUUUGUCAGAUUUCCAAGUUUGAAAUGGGCAGCAAUAUAUUUGGUACAUGGGGUACUAUUCUAUUCAUGAAACAAUGCUAAAUACAAAUACUUAGCAGGAUUAUGACAUUUCCUGUGAAAAUGGAAUCCAUGUGUGUGAAAAAAACAACACAUAACUGUUACCACUAAAUAUGGCCAGAAUUUGUGAUAAAGUGGCUAAACAACUCAAAUUACCCCAUUUUUAGAUACCUUAGAUUGACUUCUUUUGAAAAUGGUGGGCCAAAAUGAUGUACAUUUGAUUUCCCAGGCUGGGAAGGUCCAGAAAAUCAUAUUGUCAAAUUCCAUGCAUGAAGACUGAAAUGAGGCAUGCCCCAUGUUUUGCACUGUAACUUUCCAAAACCCCAUAAAACCCGUACAUGGGGGUAUUGUUUUACUUGUGAGAUAUCGCUGAACACAAAUAUGAGUGUUUCAUCACAGUAAAAAACAUAAGGAAUUAUAUAAAAUAGCAAAAGUGGGGCAGAUCCUGACUGCCGAGUGGACCAGAUGUGCUUAGCAAGUGUUCCCUCGUCUGGCACCGAAUAUCAGGGACUAUACCCAGAUCACUCGAUCUUCUGGACCACAAUAGUGGCCUUAUCAGAUGUCUUCCUGGAGCUACUGCUCAGAGACAGGACUAUAGUCACCAGAACAACUUUAGCUUAAUGACGCUGUUUUGCUGUAUAGAUCAUGCCCCUGCAGUCUCACUGCUCAAUUCUUGGCCAUUUAGGAGUAAAAUCACUUUGUUUACACAACUCCUGACACCCCUCCCUGCAUGUGACUUGCACAGCCUUCCUAAACAUUUCCUGUAAAGAGUCAGCUAAUGUUUACACUUCCUUUAUUUUAAAUUCUGUCUUUGAAUUUCUCAUCUCUUGCUCUGUUAAUAGCUUGCUAGACCCAGCAGGAGCCUAUUGUAUGUAAUUAAAAUUCAAUUUACAAAUCAGGAGAUAAAAACUUUUAAAGUUAGUUACAUUGGACUUAAAGUGAAACAGUUUUGUUAACAUAAAGGGGUUGUGUCAAUCAUAACCAAGGGAGGUGUGGUUACGACUGCAUAAACAGAAACAAAAGUGAUUUAACUCCUAAAUGGCAGUGAAUGGAGCAGUAAAACUACACGCCCAAACUGCUUCAUUAAACUAAAGUUGUUUUGGUGAUUAUAGUGUUUCUUUAAUAUGGUUAAGCAAGCAAAGCAGGAAGGGGAAUUGGAUGUACUUGUCCAUCUUGGGACAAAUUACUUGGCUUGCAAUGAGGUUCCAGAGGUAAAGGAAGAUUUCUGUGUUUUUGCCAGUGAUAUAAGGCAGGUUGCAUUCACACUGUCAUUCUCUGAAGUUCUGUCUGUGCAUAACACUCAGAAUGACAGACAGAUGUGUAUAAGGGACUUUAGUUUAUGGCUUGGUGAACGGUGUUGGGAGCAAAGAUUUGGUCAUGGUAGCUCUAUUUGGAAUGAAAAUGAACUGUACAAAAAUGAUUGCUUAAAUCUUUCUCAAAAGGGAAGAAAUGUUCUCAGUUAGCAAUUCAGAGGUUUUGACAUAUUUAAACUAGGAAGGGGAGAGCAAAAGAGUGAUAAAACAUCAAUCCAAUUGCCCCCAAAACAAGGACAGAAAGUUCCUGUAGCAAGUGUAUUAAAAUAUAAGCUUAGAGUCAUGUCUACAAAUCCUCACGGUUUAGGGAAUAAGAUCCAUGAACUUGUGGCAAUAAUGGCAACUGAUAAUGUAGAUUGAGUUGCGGUUACUGAGACAUUAUAUAGUGGGAAAAAUGACUGGGACAUAUCAAUACCAGAUUACUCUUUAUAUAGAAAAGACAGAGAAGGGGAGGCGUGGCCCUGUAUGUGAAGUAUAGCGUAAAAUCUAGCCUAAUAAAGCUAGUGAGGCAAACAGUUUGGGUUACUUAGUAUAGUUAUUUAGUAAUCACACAGUAACUCGUGUAGGUGUGAUUUACAGGCACCCUGGACAAAUAGAAGAGUUAGAUAAUCUACUAGUUGAGGAAAUAGCUGAAAUUAUAUUAAUGGGCAAAGUUAUCAUCAUGGGUGACUUAAAUCUUCCUAAUGUGAACUGGAAAACAAAAAUAGCUGAUUGUGCCAGGAGCACACAUAUUUUAAACUCUCUACUGGGAUUAUCUCUAAAACAAGUGGUUGUGGAACCAACACGUAAGGAGGCCACACCAGAUUUAGUGUUAACAAAUGGAGAUUUAGUAUCAGAUAUUACUAUAGGUGAAAGUUUAGGAUCCAGUGAUCAUCAGACAGAUUUAUAAGGUUAGACAAAAAGAGGCUAAGCAAGUUAUGCAAGCUUCCAAAUCACACACAGAAGAAAAAAUUGCCCAGUCAGUAAAAUGGGGGACAAAACAUUUUUUAGAAACAAAUGAGAAAAGAAAAGUAAAAUAAGGAUUAGUUAGAUUAUAAACAAUAGAAGGAAGGUAUGUAGAAGUGGAUUUAGAUCCGGUUGACUGCCUCAAUUAAUAUGUUUGUUCAGUAUUUACAAAUGAAAAUGAAGGAAAGUAACCUUAGUUAGGAAAAAGGACAAACUAGUAAUUUGUUACUUGUGUGGUUACAGAGGAAUAGGUUCUAUCUCAACUGUCAAAAGUAAAGACAAAUAGGUCUAUGGGGCCUGAUGAAAUACACCCGCAGUUAUUAAAAGAGAUUAGUGGUGUACUAGCAAAACCAUUAACAGAUUUGUUUAACCAAUCAUUUUUAACAGGAGUAGUCCCAGAAGAUUGGAAAUUAGCGAAUGUUGUGCCCAUUCACAAGAAAGGUAGUAGGGAGGAGUCGGGCAAUUAUAGGCCAGUAAGUCUUACUUCAGUAGUGGGGAAAGUAAUGGAAACCAUGUUAAAGGAUAGGAUUGUUGAACAUCUAAAAUCACAUGGAUUUCAAUAUCUGAGACAACAUGGGUUUACUUCAGGGAGAUCAUGCCAAAAUCAUGCCAAGAUUUCAGUGACCGGCAUGGCAUGCGGCAGUGGUAAGAUCAGCUGCGGCGAGGGAGCUGUUUGUCUGUGAGCAGAGUACUUCUAGAAUAGAAGAAAGAAGGAGCAGAGUAUUUGUAAAAAGGAGAAAGAAGGAGUAGAGUACUUGUAAAAAACGAGAAAGAAUGAAAAGGAAAAGGAAAAGGAGAGAAUUGUUUUUGGCUAAUAAUAGUAAGUGGGCUGCCUAGCUCAGCCUUCCUACUGGGCAUUGCUAUAAGGAAGGUUAAAAAAUAGAAAAAAGGAAGAAAAAAAAGGUGGGGAGGGACGCUGAUGCACAGAUGAGAAAUCAUAUUGUGAGCAAACAGAGAAAUCGUCUGAAUAUCACCGAAAGAGUAGACCUUCGUUUGUUCCUUAUGAAAAUCGAACCAGAUAUCAAAUAUUUAGUCUUGCAGCAUCAACCUCAAGGAUCUCAUUAAUCACUAGUAAAGGUAAUUUCAAUUUACUUUAUUGUUUUCUCAUUAAACUUUAUAAAGUUAAAAACAAUAUAAACAUGCAUAAAGUAGAAAUAAAAAGAUAAAUGUACGUACAUUUUUUUUAAUUUUUUUUUUAAACACCCUCCUUUCUAAAAAAUAUUCUGCACUAGCGCAAAAACUGGUGGGCGGUAAGGACAUUUUUCCAUCAAGAAAGAUGCAUUAGUGGGCGGUAGGUAGAAAAGGGUUGACAACCACUGCUGUAGACACUAACUGCUUCAUAUCAUUGAGGCGUAUAGUGUAUGCUGUCCCAUAGCACCCUCCAUCUAUUCAGCAUUAAACUGUUUUUAAUGCCCUAUUGCUAAACAAGUGUCUCCAGCAGUCCACUCCCUUUAUGUUGUUUGAGCUAAUGGGAAGCAUUAGGCUGAGCUGUGAUUGGGGGCUGAGAGUGUGAGAGUGUAAGCUGACCAUAUUCAGCCUAUCACAGUGCCAUUGCAGGCAUGGAUUGGUAUAAAUACAAGCAAGUGUGUAAUCUCUGCCUUAGCCAUGUAUCCAGUUGUAAUGGGCUAUGGCAGGCCAAGGACCCUUAUUCAAUCUUCAACUGCCCAUACAUGGUUUACUAUUGAAUUGAGGGACAGUACCAGGGGACUCCAGGCACUAUAUCCAAUUCAAUAAUAUGAAAUGGUUAUAGGGCCUACAGUGUGCCUUUAACCCCUUAAGGACCGAGGACGGUUCAGGACCGUCAUCGACAUUUUUGCAUUGCCGACCGCUGACGGUCCUGAACUGUCCUAACGGUCAGAUGUACUUACCCGAUCAAAAUACACUUAGAAUGAAAUUGUAUAUAUAUCUAUGUAUAUAUAGAUAAAUAAAAAUAAUACGAAAUAUGCAUAUGUCCAUAUACAAAAUUACAUAAAUAAUUAUAUAAAUAUACACGUAGACUUCAAAUAUAUAAAUAUGCUUAUAUAUUUAAAUUCUACGUGCGUAUUUAUGUAAUAUUUUUACAUAAUUAAGUAAUUUUAUUGAUUGCAAUUUGAGGGACCUGCCUGCCAAACCAGGCCAAAAGUCCAGAAAAUUUAAUUUGCUAGCACUGUAGUUUACCCUGUAACGUUCUACGACACCCUAAAACCUGUACAUGGGGGGUACUGUUUUACUCGGGAGACUUUGCUGAACACAAAUAUUAGUGAUUCAAAACAGUAAAACAUAUCACAGCGAUGAUAUUGUCAGUGAAAGUGACUUUUUUUGCAUUUUUCACACACAAACAGCACUUUUACUGAUGAUUUAAUUGUUGUGAUACGUUUUCCAGUUUUGAAACACUAAUAUUUGUGUUCAGCAAAGUCUCCUGAUUAUAACAGUACCCCCAUGUACAGGUUUUAUAGCGUUUGUGAAAAUUACAGGGUCAAAUAUAUGGGUCAAAUAUUUUUACAUUGAAAAUGGCCAGGUUGGUUACGUUGCCUUUGAGAGCGUGUGGUAGCCCAGGAAUGAGAAUUACCCCCAUGAUGGCAUACCAUUUGUAAAAGAAGACAACCCAAGGUAUUGCAAAUGGGGUAUGUCCAGUCUUUUUUAGUAACCACUUAGUCACAAAAACUGGCCGAAACUAGCAUUCAAUUUAGUUUUUUUACUUUUUUCACACACAAACAAAUAUGAAUGCUAACUUUGCCCAGGGUUUGCGACUAACUGGCUACUAAAAAAGUCUGGACAUACCCCAUAUUGAAUACCCUGGGUUGUCUACUUUAAAAAAAAAAUAUGUACAUGUGGGGUGUUAUUCAGAGAUUUAUGACAGAUAAUAGUGUUACAAUGUCACUAUUGAUACAUUUUAAAAAUGUAUGUUUUAAAACCGCAAUAUCCUUCUUGUACUUAUAGCCCUAUACACUGGGUAUUUUUAAACUCAGGACAACAUUUUGAAUCUAUUUAGCAUUUUUUUUCAUUCGCUUUUGUAGACGAGUAAAAGAUUUUUCAAGUAAAAGUCAAAAAACAUGUAUUUUUUUCAAUUGUUCAUCAUAUUUUUUCAUUUUUUUUAAAUUUUAUUACAUUAAAUUAUAUAAAUAAUGGUAUGUAAAAAAAGCCCCUUUUGUCCUGAAAAAAACCAAUCUAUAAUUUGUAUGGGAACACCAAAUGAGAGAGCGGAAAAUUACAGCUAAACACAAACACCACAAAAGUGUAAAAAGAUGCCUGGUCACAAAUGUACAUCGCAAAAACAGUCCGGUCCUUAAGGGGUUAAUGUUGAAGAAGAUAACUUAAUAUUGUCUAACCGCUGGAACCCUGGAAUAAAAACAAAUUGCUUUAUGUUGAUAAUGAAACCUAUGUCUUUCAAUAAUAUUCUCCAUCCCUUCUGUUGACACAUUAUUUGCAACAUGAUUAGAAUAUUGUGAAGGGAAGUUAUUAAAGAGACACUACAGCAUUAGGAAUACAACUCUUAGAUCUCAAUGUCACUAGUUAAUUUUAGGCCCUCCCAUGUCCAUUGUUACUAGUCACCAGAACAACUACAGCUUAAUGUAGUUGUUCUAGUGAGUAUAAUCAUUCCCUGCAGGCAUUUUCAUGUAAGAAACCAGAGAAAAGGCAGUGCUUAAAUUGCCCCUAGGGACACCUCCAAGUGGCCACUCCUCAGAUGGCCCUUGGAGGUGCUUCCUGGCUCAGUGCUGCACAAUAGGCAGCUCUCAGUUCAGUGUAAGAAAAUUCACUUUAGAGGGGACCUGGUGAAUAAUAACUACAUAAAUGAGACCAUAAGCCAAUAUCACAGUUAAGGAAUACAUAACUUAAAGGAUCACUAAAAUUGUCCUGUCAUUUUAACCCUGCAAUGUACAACACUGCAGUUUUGUAGAGGAGAUCAUCAGUAGGCAUGCUGACAUCUUCAAAGGUGGAGAGGACAGCUGCAGCAGAGGAGUCUAGUGCUGGAAAUGAGGUAAGUAAUCAUUACGUAACUUCAAUUUUUAGCAGCAAAAAAGGAUGGACAGUGGUUCCAGCAAUAGAAGGGAACCUAUUGUCCUGAAAAGACAAUUGUUAUUUUCAGGACUAUGUUUUUUUUAAAUCAACUAAUACGUUUACAUUGCCUUUCAAACUAGGAAUUUGUAUUGGAGUUAUGCUAUGUUAAAUAUUCAUCUCAUUGCAGAUUCAUUCGCUGUAAUCUGACUCCAUUAUGCUGCAGAUAUCUUUUAUCUACUAUUAAAAAUCGAUAUUUGACUAAAUUUGUCAUGACAUGGAAUGAACUGCAGGACUCAGGAGCAAAAGUACUUUGUGAUGGCUUAAGGCAAUCAGAGUGUAAAAUACAAGAACUGAGGUGAGAUCUAUACUAAUGUCUCUGGACAAAAUGUUGAUUCUUUAACUACUUAAAUAAAUAAAGUAUUUAUUAUUGAAAAUAAAGAACAAAAAGGAGAAUAAUAGGAGGAAAGUAAAUUAUCCUAAUAGAGGGAAACAUACAGGGAAAAAUAGAAUUACAGUUGACAAAAAAAAAAAAUCCUUCCAAACAAAACUUAAAGGACCACUAUAGUGCCAGGAAAACAUACUCGUUUUCCUGGCACUAUAGUGCCCUGAGGGUGCCCCCACCCUCAGGGUCCCCCUCCCGCCCGGCUCUGGAAGGGGAAAAGGGGUUAAAACGUACCUUUUUCCAGCGCUGGGCGGAGAGCUCUCCUCCUCCGUUCCGCCCCGUCGGCUGAAUGCGCACGCGCGGCAAGAGCUGCGCGCACAUUCAGCCGGUCGCAUAGGAAAGCAUUUACAAUGCUUUCCUAUGGACGCUGGCGUGCUCUCACUGUGAAAAUCACAGUGAGAAGCACGCAAGCGCCUCUAGUGGCUGUCAAUGAGACAGCCACUGGAGGCUUUGGGGGAAGGCUUAACCCAUUCAUAAACAUAGCAGUUUCUCAGAAACUGCUAUGUUUAUAAAAAAAUGGGUUAACCCUAGCUGGACCUGGCACCCAGACCACUUCAUUAAGCUGAAGUGGUCCGGGUGCCUAGAGUGGUCCUUUAACUUUUAUUGUUAAGCAAGCUAAAAUAGGGGGUAUUAAAAAUGGCCUAACACCUGUGAACAAGUGAGAUAAAAAGCGGCAACUUAAUGCCUCAGUAUAGUACAGGGUACAAUAUCCUAUAUACCCCAAACUAAUGUUGCUAGAAUAGCAAACAAAAAUCUAAGUCCUGUUGUAGCAGGAUAGGUGGCACAAAGAGACUAAAAGGAAUGAUUGUGUCUAAAUAUAUAGACAAAUAAUCGAAAAAAACUCACACUGUGAAGUUCACUAAACAGUGCGGUCUUGGAAUCAAAUUGUAAAUUUGUCCAUAGCCCAAUGUGUACUGGUUAAUAGAUACAAUACACUAAUGUCUGUUUGGUAAGUAUAACAUAUCUAGUGAACAAAUAUUAGUCGAAAUAGCGUUGUAUAAGUGGCUGAAACAGUGCACUGAUUGGCAUACAUUUAUCAAAUGUGUUCUUGUACUUUCGCCUCUUUACAAUGUCUGGUAUAAAUGUGAAACCAGUACAUUAUAUCAUAAAGUAUCACACUGAUUCUGAAACCAUAUAUUGGGAAAACGGUAUGUAUUAACCAGACUAUGUCAGUAAGGAGAUAUUUACAUUGUUAUGGUGUAAACUGAUAUUUUGUGUCAGUAGAAAGUCUGACUUCAAGUCUGUUUCGUUUGAUAUAUUGUAUCAGCAUUCUAUCUAAUCGCUCGUCUGUUCAGGUUAGUGAGUCUAAUUAUGCUCUAAGGAUACUGGCAAUAACAGAGUUGUAAAAGUGGCUGAGGAGAAAUACUAUGUAGAAUACGUUUCUCAGCCAAGCCUUAAAGCAGCACUGUCAUGGCCGAAUGCCUUUUUUUUUAACCCCCCUCCCAACUCCACUACAUCUAACUGACCCCUUAUUCAGUCCCAAAUGCCUCUAAGCCCCCCAUAUUACCUAUUUUUUUACUUUAUUUUGUGUCCGGAUAUGUUCAGGGUGCCGCCAUCUUUGUGUGGGUAGAUGAAGUCCCUGUGGGACACGUCAUCUGCCCACACUAGAUAGCGCUGUGAAAUUCCCGCACUUGCCCAGUUAAACACUUGGGCACGCAAACGUGAAUUUCAACUAUUCAUUCAUUCGUCAGAAAGAACGAAUGCAUGAAUAGAAAUGUCAGACGAACAAACAAACAAACACUGAAUAUCAGUGCUCGUUUGUUCGUUCAGUUUAUUACAAAGAGGGAGCUGCCGGCGCACAGCUCCCUACUUGUAAAAUGUAAAGAUAGAAGCGGCAGGAAGCAGUGCUCCCCGCCACUUCCUAAGCCCCCCAUGUCCUCCCUCACUGUAUGGGGGUCAAUAUGACCUCCAUAAUAGCAUAAGGGAGAUUAAAAUCUCCUGAAUGUCCCUACUCGUUAUACUGCGAGUAGGGGCAUGUCUACUAAACAGUGAUCAGCCUUGCCCCGCCCUGCAAUUAGGCUCAGAACACUCUGAUUGGAUGGCUUGAAAUGUGUCAUUUUACACAGUGUGGGAAAAUUCCAAAGAACUUUCCCACGCUGUGUAAAAUGACUCAUAACACUCUGAUUGGAUGGCUUGAAAUCCCUCCAACCAGAGUGCUUUGUGUCCUUUUACACAGCUUUAUAAGCCUUUCCCCGCCCUGCGGAGCUCAGUCUGCGCCGUGCCCUCGCCGGGUGAAGGUGGAUUAAGUUUUAUUUUUAUUUUUUUACAUAUAGUUAGUUCUUUUAAUCCCCCUCACUCUUUUUAUGGUGAGGGGGUAACUAGGGGGUUAUUUUUUUAUUUGGUUGGGGGGUGACUAGGGGCUUGGGGACUCCUAGUCACCUUGGAAGGGGGGAGGUGGGCAUUUUCAUUUAGGGACCGAUUAGGUGUGGGGUCUGGGGGGGGAGGACAAUAGGUCCCCCCACCCCCUCAUUGUCUUUCAUGGCCCCCACCCGCCGCUCAGGGGUGGGGGGUGAGAUGGGGUGGAUAAUAGGUCCCCCCUCAUUGUUAUUUAUGGCCCCCACCCACCAUUCACGGGUGGUGGCCAGGGGGGAGGAUAAUAGGUCCCCCCUCAUUAUCCUUUAGGGCCCCCACCCGCCACUCAGGGGUGGGGGCCAGGGUACUUGUUUGUUUUUUUAACAGUGAGCAGCCAUAGGCGGUAUAGCGAGUAGGGGCAGAAUUUACUAAUACUAAGUAAUUUUUACUUAGUAUUAGUAAAUGUGGCUGAAAGACCAAUAUCGUGGGAAUUAGGGAGUUAUCUACUAAGCGGCUGCAAGAUGCAGCCGCAGCACGAAUAGGAACGGAGUUUAAUUCAUUAGAAACUGUUCUCAUUGUAUUAGGACGCAAUUCGGCAGUUUUGCUGGCGUCCUGUCUAAAUGACGGGAUGUUCGGGAAUACUGACAGGAAGCAUCACGGGAACAGGGAGAAAAGUUAACAAUUGUGGGGAAAUCUCUCUGACAACCGGAAAUGAAGCACACUUUGCUCCUCCGCUGGUCACAGAUGGUCAGGCGUAGGAAACCUCCAUAAGACAAAUAGUCCCUACUUUGUCUUAUGUUUUAAAGAAAACUAGAGCAGACAGGAAGAAAUGAAGAACAGAUCUUGAGAGAGGGAGAGAAGAGGAAGCGAUUAAAGAAAGGUAAGUUCAGCAUGACAGUGCUGCUUUAAGACUGUUAGCUUGCCAGACCGUGUCAAGUAUAUAUAGACAAAAUCCAGAUGUGACCUGAACAGAUACUGAUAAUGAUAAACCAAGUGCAGAGUGUGUGGUAUUUUAGUCAUUGAGGAGAUAUAUCCUUGUUGGUAGACUAAUAACAGUAUGGAGAAAUUCACGCUGUAGGGGAAGGUGAACUAAGCGGUGUGUUUAUACCCGGUAGUUCUGUCUAUCUCCACAGAGUGGAAAUGGAGUAGGUAGAUAUACAUGAGACAGGAUAGAUGUAAAGAUAUAUUCCUACCAGUACUACCAUACAUUAGACUAUAUACACAUAGAGAUAGUGGUCAGACAGAGAUAUCGAUAGGCAGAGACAAUAUAUGCUAAAGUAGUGAAUUUAUUCAAAACUCAAGCCCUGUCCACUUGUGCCUUCGAGGGCACCCCUUAAAGUAAAGCCUGAGAAUCUCCUACCGGCUAAAGAAAAAUUAUACACCUCCUCCCACCAUAAAGUAAAAAUAACUGCCGUAUGGAUUUAAUAGCGAAAAAUGCUCAUGCUGUCAGUGCAGAUAAUUAAGAUUGGUAGCAAAAGCUUUAUUGACAGUGCUGCUUACCGAGAACCAGCAGUUAGUGUCUGGAUUGGGAGACUCGAUGUGCCAUUGUGUCAGAUAACCAUAAAGCCGCUCACCAAAGAUUGUGCGCGAGAAGUGCCGUGAUUAACCUGCUCAUGCUACAGCAGGGAUAGAGGUGAAUCACUGCUAGUGCAGUGAUAAUGGAUAACGCCAGGUAAAUGCCCCUGGCGCGCAUUCACCGCUCUGGCUCAUCAGAGGUGAACCGUGCUUCAGAUCCAGCCCGGUAAAAGAAGGGGUAAGAUGGAUCUCAUUGGUCAGUUUGAAAUGUGGUGGACCAAUGGGAAUUGUUGAUUGUAAAAGGGAAGUUCAGUACACUUAACCCUAUCAAUACUAGUCAAUUGUGUACUUAUUACAAAAACUCUGCCCAUAGACUUAUACUGGGCAGAAGUUGUUUAAAGAUGUAGACACCUACUUAAGUAUAGAAAGCAAUCUAGCAUUAUCCAUGGUGUGUUGUAGGAGGGGAAUUUGCUAAACUUGAUACAUAGUAAAAUCAUGAGCUAAAACUAAAAGAGACUAUAUUAAUGGUUUUAAAUGAUAAUAGUCAGUGAUCAAAAAUGAAAUAGGACUAAGCUAAAGGUAAAUCUAAAAUAUUGAUGAAAAGAGUAGGCAAGGGGGAGACUGAGAAAGUGUGAAGUGGAGAGAAAUUAGAAACAUGAAUGGAAUGACAAGGGGUAUAGGAGACGAGAUUGAGUAAUGAGAGGCCCUGUUGGAACACGGAAAGAUAAUAGCAUGAGGAGGAGAGAAGAAAGAUGAAAUGAGUAAGAGACAGUUAUACAUUUUAUGCACUAGAUUUACUGGACUUGUUCUCCACCCCCUCUAGCUAACAAGUUGGACAACUAUGUGUCCCUUCACUACAAAGAGGCUGAAUGUCACUAAUUUAAUAUGUUUAUCUAAUGUCUUUACAGGUUAGAGAAGUGCAAUCUUACUUCAUCUUCCUGUGAGGAUAUCUGCUCUGUUAUUUUAAACAAAUGUCUGGCCAAACUUGAAUUGUCACAGAAUGAAUUGCAGGACUCAGGAGUGAAAUAUUUGUGUGGGGGUCUCAUGCAGUCAGGAUGUGUGCUGCUUGAAUUGGGGUAGGUGUUAUACUGUGUUACACUGUUAUUAUUGUAUCCAUAUUUAUACGCAUUGUCCUUAUUGCCUCUCCAUUAAUCCUGCCUUUAAAUAAGCAUAACCACAUCCUCUAAUACUUUCCAGCUCCUCAUUUUCACUAUCGUAUCCUAGAUUCCCAAUUGAUGUUUUCCUCUUUUCUACUCUCCAUGUCUCUUUUUUUCUCUCUCAGUAACUGACAAAGUGUUAGGGUAAACGUGCAUUCAGAACCCGCUUAGGGUAAUUCUUUGCCUACAUUAUUACCCCUCCCUCCCCCUCCCAGCUUCUCACAGGUACUUGGAUCUGAGACUUUGAAAUAUUUUUGUAGUUUAUUUGAAUUUAUCUAGGAUUUUAUCUGGAUCGCAAGUUACUUACAAGGUCUGUACUGGAGGUGAAUUUGAGCUUACUUUUACUAAGUGCGUUACUGUUUGGAAUUGUGGGGAACACUCUAAGGAAUGUUACCACUUGCUCUGUCCAUUGUCACAUCUUUCUGUUGGCACUCUAGUAUCAAGCUACCCAAGUUACCUGGAAAGGAGUGAUGCAAGGAGACAUCAGCGUCUAGCCUUACCUUUGUAGCUCUCUGGCAUCCUCCUUUCUGUGUUAGCUCCAAAUUCCUCUACAUGACUUUGUGAUUGCAUGGAAAUGACUAACUGUCUUAAUCAUAAAAUUGGUAACACUCUAAAAAAGAAACUUCUUUAAUCUGUGCUCAUUCUUGAACUUUCCAAUACAUGCUUUCCAAAUUCACGAUGAUUAUCUGCUGAAGUACAUGAUUUAUGUGCCCUCUACACAAUUUCAAACACAUAACCUAACAUCAACUUUAAACCCUUAUGAUUUGCAGCAAUUCUCUAACAAAAUUAAGUCUUUCCAAGUAGGCUUUCUCCUGUCUUAACCUCUCUUUUUUUAACACUAUCCUGUCACUUACCCUAAAGAAUGUAGCACCAGCUACACACCAUUGUCUAUAUUAACUAAAACCAAGGUCCUAGAACACAAAACUAAUCUAACUCCAAAGGUGCUUGUACUUGCCUGAGAAGAAUGGAAGUAGUUAUGGUGUAGACCAGAGUUUCCAUGUAGUAUAUAUGGUUGUCACACUAUUUCAUUUCAGCCCUCUCCAUUACCAAACAAACUUACUCACCAUCUCCUUCUUUUGUAAUUUCAAGCACCACUUUAACAUAUUAUUUUACUCUUUUAACACUGAUCUACUCUCUAACUUCACAGCUUAUAUUUGCUAAAAGAAGACAAGAUACAGUGAGGGAAAAAAGGUAUUUGAUCCCCUGCUGAUUUUGAACGUUUGCCCACUGAUAAAGAAAUGAUCAGUCUAUAAUGUUAAUGGUAGGUGUAUUUUAACAGUGAGAGACAGAAUAACAAAAACAAAAAUCCAGAAAAACGCAUGUCAAAAAAGUUAUAAAUUGAUUUGCAUGUCAAUGAGUGAAAUAAGUCUCUGACCCCUUUGACUUAGUACUUGGUGGCAAAACCCUUGUUGGCAAUCACAGAGGUCAGAUGUUUCUUGUAGUUGGCCACCAGGCUUGCACACAUCUCAGGAGGGAUUUUGACCCACUACUCUUUGCAGAUACUCUCCAAAUCAUUAAGGUUUCGAGGCUGACGUUUGGCAACUCGAACCUUCAGCUCCUUCCACAGACUUUCCAUGGGAUAAAGGUCUGGAGACUGGCUAGGCCACUCCAGGACCAUAACGUGCUCCUUCUUGAGCCAUUACUUUGUUGCCUUGGCUGUGUGUUUUGGGUCAUUGUCAUGCUGGAAUACCCACCCAUGACCCAUUUUCAAUGCCCUGGCCUGGCUGAGGGAAGGAGGUUCUCACCCCAGAUUUGACGGUACAUGGCCCCGUUCAACGUCCCUUUGAUGCGGUGCAGUUGUCCUGUCCCCUUGGCAGAAAAACAUCCCCAAAGCAUAAUGUUUCCAGCUCCAUGUUUGACGUUGAGAAACAGACCGAGGGAGACUUACAGGUUUUUUGUGUUUCUUCCAUUAGCGAAUAAUCGCACCAACUGUUGUCACAUUCUCACCAAGCUGCUUGGCGAUGGUCUUGUAGCCCAUUCCAGCCUUGUGUAGGUCUACAAUCUUGUCCCUGACAUCCUUGGACAGCUCUUUGGUCUUGGCCAUGGUGGAGAGUUUGGAAUCUGAUUGAUUGAUUCUGUGGACAGGUGUCUUUUAUACAGGUAACACGCUGAGAUUAGGAGCACUCCAUUUAAGAGAGUGCUCCUAAUCUCAGCUCGUUACCUGUAUAAAAGACACCUGUGAGCCAGAAGUCUUGCUGAUUGAUAGGGGACCAAAUACUUUCACUCAUUGACAUAAAAAUAUAUUUAUAACUUUUUUUGACAUGUGUUUUUCAGGAUUUUUUUUAAAUGUUAUUCUGUCUCUCACUGUUAAAAUACAUCUACCAUUAAAAUUAUAGACUGAUCAUUUCUUUGUCAGUGGACAAAUUUUCAAAAUCAGCAGGGGAUCAAAUACUUUUUUCCCUCACUGAACCUAUACAAACCCUCUACCUUGUUUCUUCUAAGUUUAUUCUUGACAGUUCUGAGAAAGACGUUUCUGUUCUUCCUUUGUCCUCUCCCACACUAUCUGAAUUUACCCAAUUACAAUCCAUUAUUAUUAUUAUUACUGGUAUUUAUAAAGCACCAACAGAUUCCGCAGCGCUGUACAAUUAGUGGAAAACGUACAAUAUACACAGACAAAUACAAGAGGUAGAGAGGGCCCUGCCCGUAAGCUGAUAUCCAGCCAUUGGGGCUCUUUAUACAAAGUGCUUAGCUAGAUGGCCCGUGAGCUAAUCCAUGUACUUAUCUCUCUUUUUCCAUCUCUUACUAACAUAUAAAAAAUUUCUUUGUCUUCUGGAAUAUCUACUUUUGCUUCAAAUAUGUAACAAUCACUUCCAUUAUAAAAAACCCACCAAUUCAUCCAAUUUUUUUCUUUAGCUAACUACCUAUCCAUUUCACAAAUCUUUCACCUCCAAGUUUCUUGAAUGAGAUGUGCGUGACGGACCAACUUAUUUGAUUAAUUGAAGCUGUUACUAUGUGAUUGCAAGCUGCAUGAAUGCAACUUGGCUGCAUAAUGAAUCUCCACCUAAGUACAACUGCAUAUAACUGCCUUAAGCGGUAUCAACUUAAUAACAAUGUUGCUCAGUAGUCCCCUCAGGGGAAGAGAACCUUUUGUGCAGAAGUAAUUUUGGUGGGUGGCAAGGGAACAAGAAUGUGGCAUGUUGGCUUCAUUAGAAAGUGACCUUGAGUGAUAGUAGUAAUUUAUUCUAUGUUGAGAUUUCAUGGAAUGUAAACUGAAAUAUGUGGUAUGAGGCUGAUUUGUGGCCAAUGAGCCAUCUCGACUAGUGAGCAGUAAUAGGAGUAAGUGAUGACAAAUGAAUACAUGUUUAAGUUAAUGGUUAAUUAGCAUUAGUGGAAUGUAUUCCAAGUCCUGAUAUUGCUUCUACUUUUGUUUGCAACUCAGAGCGAGACUAGAUGGCUCUGUUAAAUUAUUUAAAAAAUAAGUAAAGAGUUAAAGAAAGAAUUUGUAGGUAAUAGCUUAAAAAGAUUUCCACUCUGUGAAAGUGUUCUUUUUCAUUUGAUCUACCGUAUAUACUCGAGUAUCAGACGAGUUUUUCAGCACAUUUUUUGUCCUGAAAACCCCCCACUCGACUUAUACUCGAGUCAGUGUCUGUAUUAUGGCAACUUACAUUGCCAUAAUACAGACCAGGACCGCCGGGCUCAUUACAAGCCUGGCGGUCCUGUUGGGGGCUGGCAGAGAGUUGUUACUUACCUUUCCUGCAGCUCCUGUCAGCUCCCUUCUCUCUCCCCUGGUCCGGUCAGCUCCCCUGUCAGCUCCACUGCAAGUCUCGCAAGAGCAGCAGGGUCAGAGCGUUGCCACGGUUACCGUGGCAACCCUCCGCGCGGCACUCGGACCGCGAGACUUACAGUGGAGGAGAAGGGAGCUGACCGGACCGGAGAAGAGAGAAGGGAGCUGACAGGAGCUGCAGGAAAGGUAAGUAACAACUCUCUGCCAGCCCCCCUCCUACACAGCCCAUGCCACUGGACCACCAGGGGAUGAGAGCCCCCCUCCCUGGCCAGCUAACAAGCAGGGAGGUGGGAUGAAAAAAAUAAAUCUUCUGGGAGAAGCUCCAGCGGCGUGCACAGCGCACCAAGACAAAGCGACAGGAUCCCAUGGACCCAAGAGAGGGGAGCUAUGGGCAGCCGGGCGAGAGGGGGACUCCCUCAGGCGCAACACGAGACCAAAAGCUGACACUCACUCACCCCGGCCCACCCGGGCUGCAGGCCAAGAGGGCCCUGACCCGAAGGCGUCGGCCACAUAGGCGGAAACACAAGCGGCAAUCAACCUACAGACCUCCCGCCACCCCCAUGAGGGGGAGACACUCGGGCAACGUAUGCCACCGAGUCUCAGGCCAGAAGACGCAGGCCUGCACACCAGCUUGGGGCAAGAGGGACACCCCCACCACCGGCCGAGCAUCAGCACCUCCUCUGGACCAGCCGGAGAGCCUCAGCCGCAUUCCCACAGAAGGAAUAGGAUAAAUGGUGACUCACCACAAACUCUCUUAUGACCCGCAUACGCUACCCCAUGGGUCCAGAUGCAAGUGCCGGUGCCGGUGACCGCUGCAUAAUAGUUUGAUUUCAUGUGCUGACAAAUGCUUUUUGCCAACCAUUGUAUACCUUACUUACGCUUGUUAAUAUUAGCCUUCCAUUAGUUAAGCAUAGGGCGCUAGAUGUUUAAUCUUAUCACUGAAGAAUCACACAGUUAAUGAUAUUGCAUCAGCAUGAAUAGACCUUGAGAUUAGUGAUCUUAUGUUCGUUACACUCAUAGUAAACCACGAAAGACAGAAUGUUACUCAGAUUUAAUGCCUAGUCAGCCUGUUAUGUAACGAUAACUUCCAAGCAACUUACUGUAUAACUGUGCCUAUGCCCUGAUAAAACUGGGCAUCUACUGCUAAAUGGUGAUUUUUGUAUUGCACUGAGUGCUCAAGGCCUAGCCUGUAAGCCACGUGAAGCCUAGGAGUACUGCUUUAUCUGUAUAGCUACUGAUAUAUAUAUGCAUGACCUGUACUGUUCUCAGCCUAGGUCUUUCGGCAAGCAACAUAGAAAUACUCCUAGUUAUGUCACAUCCUCAUAUAAAAUUAUUCUGAACUAGCUAUUUUAACUUCUUACAGCUUAAAGUAUGAUUAACUAAGCAUGUUUAUAUUAAAAAUUGUGCUUGAUAGACAUAUGUCCCGCAUGUAAAGCGGAGGAAUGGCCUGAGGAUUGCUUUUGGGGCACCUCAAGCCUGCCUGUAUCAAAAUAAUAAUAAUAUUAAAAUAAUAAUAAUAAUUUAAAAAAAAUAAAAAAAUGCCCACCCCCACCAAGGCUCUGCAUCACACACACACACUGCACUCAUACACACACACACUGCACUCACACACGCACACACACACACACACACACACACUGCACUCACACACACACACACUGCACUCAUACCCACACACUGCACUCAUACCCACACACUGCAUUAUAUACACACACACUGCAUUCAUACACACACACACUGCACUCAUACACACACACUGCAUUAUACACACACACACACACACUGCAUUCAUUAUAUACACACACUGUAAAUAAAUAUUCAAUUAAUAUAUUUUUUCUUUGUAGAUUGGAAGACUGUAAUUUGACAUCAAUCUGUUGUGAAGAUUUUUACUCUGUUUUUAUAACAAACCGAUCCCUGAUCAAUUUGGACCUGUCAGAGAAUAAACUGAAUGACUCAGGUGUAAAACUUUUAUGUGAAGGUCUAAAGCAUCCAGGCUGUACAAUACAGGAGCUGAGGUAAGAACAAUGUUAUUUCAUGGUUUUAUCCCCUUGAUGUCAGGGCAUUAGCAUUUGAGGUAGUCAUGCUAUCAUUUGAUUUCUUAAGUGCGUCAACUAAUAUCUUCUCCCCAACUCAGAAAAUUGGGAAAUAUAGACUUUUAUACUAUAUAGAUGUUAUUUUCCAUAAAAUGCCAGAAGAUCAAUUUUGCAUGACAUGUGUACAAUAAUGUUUGCUAGUUUGGUUGCUAUCCCUCAUGCUGCCAUUCCUAUUGCUUUUUUUAUACCCCACCAUCAACGUAUUCUUCCUGUAACAUUUUGUAAUUGUCUAAUAUAUUCUUAAGUUCCACCCUUUAUAUAUAUAUAUAUAUUAUAAAGGUGGAAAUUUAAUAAUAAUAAGUUAGCACUAUAUAAAUGUCAAUAAUAAUAAUAGUACUAUGUUAUUUUAGUAAGUACUUGAUCAAGCUAGUAAUUGCAUUUUUAGGGAGAUACAAAAUAUGUAGAUCAGAAGCUUAAGGACCAUAAGGAUCCUGCAUACUAUAAUGAAAAUGGGUUGUCAGAAUUUUUAGGAUUAGGAUUUUUUUACAUUUAGAUAGCAUUUUACAGACUGCAAGGAGGACUUGGGGGCCACACAGGGGGCAAUCCAUGCCACCACUGCCCAUCUGUAGCCAGCAUGCUAUGGGUGCUGACAACAAAUGCCCAACAUGCACAGUCCGGAACUCUAGGAUGUGGAGUUAUACCUCUGCCAACAAUGUGCAUUUUGUUGCUGUGAUGUCAUGGGAGAUAGCUUGAUCAGCGCUGGCAAAAAGGUGAUUAAAACCCAUUUUAUAUUUUGAUUUGGGGGGAAACUAAAAUGGAACUCAAGGGAGGAAGUCUCACCACACUAUCCUUAAUUGAGUUGCAAUCAGAAGGUAAAGCAAUGAAACAAACACAAAUAAGAUUCUGAUCAGGUCUCCAUAUUUCAAAUCUCAACCUACUAGCCAGAAUUAAAAGUGACUCUUCUUAACAAACUAUGUAACAAAGUCUUACAUUUAUUUCUGGUCCCCUUCUACCACAUGACAAAUGAUGUCUGGAGAAAUGGUUUCAGUAAAACAUCACUUUCCCUUUUUCCUAAAUUUCACUGACCGUCUUAUUUCCUGUUAUUUUCCCUUUGCUUCUAAUUCCCACUGUCUCUGUCUGUCAUUGUCCUUUGAUUCUCGCUUUCUACAUUGCUCUAAUUAUCAAUUAUCCCUGUCAUUGUCCCCCAUCCUCCUUAUGAUCAUCCUCAUUCCUCACUGUUAUGGUCCCUAUCAAUUGUCCAUGUCAUUGACCCCCAUCCUCCUUAUGAUUAUCCUCCUUUCUCACUGUUAUGGUCCCUAUUUCAUUCUUUAUAUAUGUGUGUGUUUGUGUUUGUUUGUUUAUGAGGCCUCACUUCCUGUCUCUGUCAAUAUUUGGCCUCAUUUGGGGGCAUCACUCUUGCAGACUAGUGUGAGCUGCAUGAGGUUCUUGCUGUACAAAUGAAUAUAAUUGUUCUCUAGAACAAUUAGUCCAGCGCCUUUGAGUUCUGUUAAUGUCUUUCAUAUUUGCAGGUUGCGGAAAUGUGAUCUCACCUUAUCUUGCUGUGAGGAUCUGAAGUCUGUUAUUGUUCAUAACCUGUCAUUGAAAAACCUGGACCUAUCCAGUAAUGAUAUAGAGGAUUUGGGAGUAAAACAUCUGUGUGAAGGUCUUCAACACCCUGGCUGCAUUCUACAGGAGCUUAGGUAAGAAUUAUACUGUCACACAUCGUGUAAUAUUUUGGGGUGUGGCUGUGACUAAACCUUGGGCUCCGAGUCUGACUGUUGCUUACAUUGGUCGGUCAAGAGUGACAGUGAGUGGGGAAACAAGUAUGAACUUCCACCCAAAUAUAUAUUCUUAACUUUACCAAAAUCUAUCAAUCUUACACUUGGAGGAUGCAGCUGAAGACAAAUUAAGAUCUUUUUUUUUUGUGUAAUGGCAACAUGGAAAAGAUCGUUGUAAUCCUUGUGAGAUAUCCUUGUACUGUCAAAAUUGUAAAUGGUUUUCCAGUAAUGGGAUAGUUAAACUCAACAUGGCAUUUAACCCCUUCCCGGCCACGGACGUACUGGUAUAUCCAACAAAAAACGGUCGUUAAUGAGGUCCAUGGCAAAAAUCACCCCUGGACUUACCUGGACCAGCGAUCUGCAGCAAUCCGGGUCGGGGGGAUCUGCCCGGGACCCCAGCAGUCCCCCUGCAGCAGCUCCAUCCACCAUGAUCACAUGGCCGCAAUAGCAGUCUAUGGAGCUGCCAGCAGGGGGACUGUCUGAGCUAUCAGGCAGUCCACCAGCCAUCUAAAAAGUAAAAAAAAAAUUAUUAAAUGGAGUAAUAAAAAUAAUAUUUUAUACAAAUAUUAUAUAUGUAUAAUAUAUUAUAAAAUAAUUAAAGCAUUUUGUAAUAUAUAAUACAUAUAUAAUGCAUAUACAUGAUUGCAUUAUAAGUGUACUUUGAGAUAUAUACACAUAUAUCUCAAAAUACACUUAUAAUGUAAUCAUAUAUAUGCAUUAUAUAUAUAUAUAAUAUAUUAUAAAAUGUUUUAAUUAUUUUGUAAUAUAUUAUACAUAUUUGUGCUCGGAAUAGGUUAUGGAUUGUAUAAGAAGAUGCAUAGUUUGUUGAGGUGUGCUGAAACCAACGAACGAGUAGGCCUGUAAUAAAAGAGGGCCCACAAAGGUGAUAAUGUAAUAUUUGAUGGGUGGAGGUGGGUGGGGUCAAUCAGCUUGAACAGCAGAGGUGAGUAGGGGCUGGGAGUUUAAGUAGGGGCCAUAACUCCUCCCACAAAUUCAGGCCUGAUUGCUGUGGUUUGUUUUAGUAGAAAGUAAUAAAAGGACGUGGUGGUCAUCGACUUUCUUUAGGUGAGACAACUUUAGUCUUGGAGUGGUAUCUACUUGGCAUACAACAGUAAACUCUCUAGGUCUAAGGAAGCCAUAGAAAGCGAUAAAAAUGGCAGCUUUGAUAACAUAGUUUGUAUGGUAAUCGAAAGGGGAUUUGUCUAGUAGGUCGCUGAGAAGUCUAAAAAUAGGCCCGUCGAAGGGAAGUCUGCUAGUUGCAGGGGGAACUGUUACUUUAUGAAUACCUUUAAAGAAGUUCUUAAUAGGGUAUGAUGCAAGAAAAGCUGCGUGAUUAGGAAAGUUAGUGAGAACGUGGUGCUGUACCCAGGUGAGGUAAAGCUUAAUGGUGUUGUGAGAUAAUUUUAGGUGUAAGUGACAGAAGGAGGCAAAAGCCACCAUGGUUUUAAUAGAGAAAUCUCCUUGUAAGUGAAACUCUGCAGAGAACUUAUUGAAAAUGGUUAGUGCCCUAGCGUAAGUGGUAAGGGUGUUGGGUGAGAGUGCGUGGUGCGUGAGUGCUUGAGCAUGGAGUAGUAGUUCAGUCAGUCCAUUAGUAACUUGUGAAAAGGUGGUAUCCUGGAUGGUAGGUGGAGGGCAGUAGGGAGUGCCUGGAAGAACACCUGAAAAUGAGAGCGGGAAAGAGAAUCCGCAGCUAUGUUACGAAUACUAGGAAUGUGUUCGCAGACAAGGUGAAACUGAGCAGUUGCUGCUAGCCAAGUCAGAUUGCAUACCAAACUUAUGAUGGUUAGAGAGGAGGACCACCCCUUGUUUAUAAUUUCGCAGGCUGCCGAAUUGUCAGAGCAGCAUUUGACUGCCUUGCCGGUCCAUAGAUGACCCCAUGUAUGAGCAGCCGCCACAAUGGGGUAAAUCUCGAACAAGGAGAACGUUUCCCUAGAAGCCGGCAAGGCAUCCGUCUCAGUGGGCCAGUUAUCCCUAAACCAGUGGUUGCCGAAUAUAGCCGCAAACCCAAUGUGUGCUGCUGCAUCUGUGUAAAUUGUAGGGGAAUGAUCGGAUAGCGGGGGAAUGAACAGGGAGACUCCGUUCCACUUGGCCAAGAAGUUCCUCCACAUGUGCAAAUCUUGGCAGGAGUCGGGCACCCCAUGGAGUAGACACAGUAGCCUAGAGACGAAUGAUCUGUCCUGCGGAAUGAUCCGCAUCGCAAAGUUAAGGGACCCCAAUAAGGACUGGAGUCCCUUUCUGGUGCACAUAUCACUCCGCAGGAACAGACUGAUUUUGUCUCUAAUGCGGGUCAAUUUCUCUGGUGGUAGGCUGGCUUGAAAUGUCUGUAAAUGCUUCUAGGUGCAGGGAAGCCGGGUUCUAUCAACAAAAAAUCAUCUAAGUAGUGAAUCACAGACAGACACCUGACUAUGUUGAGGAGCAGCCAGCAGAGUGUUUCCGUGAAUAUGUAAAAAAGCUUAGGGCUGCUCCUAGACCCAAAGGUGAGCCGGGUAGAAAAAUAGUACCUGUCCCGCCAUUUAACACCGUGUAAGUGCCAUGGUGAAUGGGUAAAAGCUUGAAGGCAUUUGUGAUGUCGGUUUUGCUUAGCCAUGCCUUGCUGAUAGCUUGCCUAAGAUGAUAGCUUGCAUAGCAUCAUCAAUUUUAGCUUAUUGUAUUGUAAUUUGUGAUGUCGGUUUUGCUUAGCCAUGCCUUGCUGAUAGCUUGCCUAAGAUGAUAGCUUGCAUAGCAUCAUCAAUUUUAGCUUAUUGUAAUGAAAACUGCUAAGCGGGUAUGAGAGUGUUUAUGCUGGUGGUGUGCGAAGAAUGAUGCGCUGAAAUAUCAAUAAUCAAUCUUUUUUUAUUUGAAUAUUUAUGUACAGCUACCCCGAUAGGGUUUGCAUGCCAGCAUGAGAAGGGGGGUACUGCAAAUGGGCCAAUAAAGAAAACCUGUCUGAGUUUCUGUGGACAAGAGGUGGUCCACCGUGAGAGGGUCGUUAGAGGCUGAUAGCAGGUUUGGGCAUUCGAGUGUGCCUGUGGGAAUGGCAAUGAGGCCCAUGUGAAAAUCCCGACACCAAAAAUUCCACUAAAUGCCUGGCUGGGUGGGAACAGAGGUAGUAGGCUACGACAUCUAUAUUGACCUCGGUCAGUCAUUUCUUUGGGGAAAGUCUGGCUGGGCACAUGGCCUUGGUAUGCGCUCUGAAACAAAUGGAGCAGACAUGCAACAACCUGCAUUCGCUGAAGCUGCAUGCGCCAGCGUUAAAAUUGUUGCACACCUGCGCCUUGCCCAGAAACGCAAUGGGUCUGCCCAGCUUUUCCCUCUGCCCGCCUUCUUGCCUAGUAUGUGAGGUGGAGUGGUGAGAAGAGGAAGGGUCUGCCUUGCAAGGGCACAAAUCUGUGGAGUGGGACGUAGAGCUACAAGUGGCACAGGACGGGGGCCUCAAUCCGGCAAAGUGUCGGCAGAACAACUCCGUGUCCAUCUGGCACCAGUCAAUUCUGAUGUUAAAUUGGGCCAGAUGAGUUGCUGUCUUAGCCGACAUGGACUAGUGGUAAUCGAAAAAAGAGGACUCCCUGUACUUGAUGCCCUGGUCCUCCACUUUGUGCAUGUAUAGAUCAAGCUCCUCCCUCCUAUGCGGAUACACAGAACAAAUAACAUCUCUAUAUAUCCCGAAAGCAAUAACAAAUUGUGGGAUAUAUAGUUUUUUGUUUAGUCAUGGGUCUCUAGUUUUUAACACCACAGAGAUGUCCCCAUAGUUAUAUGCUCAGUUUUCUAGAACAUCCUGCGAGGCGAUGAGGAAGGAAACUAAGUUAACAUCCUUCUCAUCCAGUAUUUCUUUUUUUGAUGGAUGCUGAGACGGAGUGAGCUGGUAAGACAUAUUGGGUAGUGGUGGUGGGUAGGGAGGGGGGUGCCACUAGGCAGGUUAGGGAUUACCAGGGGAGGACCUGAAGAGCCUGGUAGGUCACCUGGGGUGGCAAUGGCUGACAGGGUUUCCUGCGUAGCUUCUGAGGUGCUGGUAACCCUCCCUUGCGAGCUAGUGCCAGGCCUAGGGUCGCUGGCCUGAGCUGUCAAUAGUCUAUAAAGCUCUGCCUUCGUAGCAGUGGCUGGAAAAGGGAUGCCCCUGAGUCUUAGCUCUGCCAACAUUUUGGGGAUAGUCCAUGAUCUCAGGGACCUGGGGGUAGAGGGGGUGAGGGAUACUUCUGGGGACCCAGGCCUGGCUGGCGUGCUGGGUAGGUCAUCAAUAGGAAUGAAUUCUUGUGACAUUCUGAAAAAGGAAUAAUGAAUUAAUAUAGCAGGGGGGAGGGAAGGAAGAACAAGACCUUCACAGAACUUGCUUGCUGACUAGUGCCGAGGCGAAGAACUUAACUAUAGCCAAGUGACGGGUGAGGCCCUGCUAAUGCCAAGUGGCGGAGAGAGGCUCUACCUAUCAUUUGGACCGAAGGAAUUUGUUGGCCUAUCAAUGACAAUAAAAGAUUCAAUAUAAGCUAUUAACCAACAAUAUAAGCUAUUAACCAUGCAAAACUAUGUUGUAGUGGUGAGGAACUGGCUUCAUUUUGGGCUAGCCUUAAGAGUAUGGGCUUAGGUAAGGAAAUAUUCACGUUAGAUUAUUUACACUGUCAUAAGUGUUGUUUCCUAUAUGCUUAGCUGUCAGGGGAUUGAUCCGGUAUAUCGCUUAGACUGAGAUGACCUUCACCACAUCACACGGGCCUCCAGUGGACACAUAGGGUAUGGCAGGCCAUGAUUUGCAAAGUAGGAAAUGUAACAAUAAGAGGAAAAGAGACUGUACUUGUGCCUAUCAAACAAGAGCAACAGGUGAGGAGCAAGGCCCUUGAUAGUCUAGGUAUGAGUUUGAGGGAAGUGAGUCAACAUAAUGGAUUAGAGUUUAGACAGAUGAGUCACUAUAUGGGAAAGCCAAAGUCUUCCUUCUGGAGUCUCCUGUUCUCCUCCAUCAGGAUUAUAGUUGAUCCAGCAUGCAGAAAUGUUUCACAUCUAUGACUAAGGGUAAAGUCUAACCGGACCUUAGAAUGGCCGGACUUAACCAAAGAAUAGUCAAUAAACUAGCCGAGGUCAGGGACACAGAAUGGGACACGGCGAUAAGGGAAAGCCAAUAAUCAAGGAUACCAGAAGUCAGGGAGGUCAAAACAAAGCCAAAGUCAAUAACCAGAAACACACGAUCAGGAACGCACUCUUGGAUAACCAUCUAAGGAAACCACGACAGGGCAUUGAGGACAAGUAAAAAUUAGUUUAAAUAAGCCUCCUUUAGAUCUGAUUGGCCGUAAUCGGCCUUUGACCCCAGAACGUGCGUGCGCAUCUUUUGCAUGAUGUCACACGCACGUUGACGUUGUCAAUACCGUGGGCGGACGUGGGGCUAUAAAAUGGUGUGGAUUCGCCGCUGAGUGGCACCUCCGUCAAUGCCAGGAAUUUAUUAUGAAUGAAGCUUAUAAUUAUGUUAAUUUUGUAAUAAAUGGAGUCCCGUUAUUGUGUUCAUCUCCCCUUUCUCCAGGUUGGAUUCUUGUCUUCUAACCUCAUCAUGCUGUGAGAUUUUCCAUUCUGUCCUUGUUAUCAAUCGAUCCUUGACCGAACUGGAUUUGUCGUGGAAUGAUCUACAGGACUCAGGAGUAAAACAUUUGUGUGAUGGUCUCAAGAAUCAAGGAUGUGUGCUGAAACAGUUGAUGUGAGAACAAAACAAUUAUUUGUAUCAGAAUAAGUGGCAACAAUGAUCCUGCUUUCCCAGCAGUCCAUGCAAGCAAUGCAUAGAACAUUGACAGUUAGAGCCACAAAGGGGUUGGUGUAGUUUAAUUGUUUUCUUAAAGGGACACUGUAGUCACUAUAACCACUUUGUCUCUUUGAGUUGGUUAUAGUGCCUGGAGUGCCCUGGCACUGUCCCUCCAUUCAGUGUUGCACCAUGUUUGUGCAGUAUGCCACAAAAUAAGAGUCCCUGGCCAUCCACAGUCUGGCCCCUUCUGUAUGUGUAGCUAAAGCAGAGAUUACACACUUCCUUGUUGUCAUACCCAUUCAUACCGUCAGUUGGAGCUCUGACAGGUUAAAAGCAGUCAGCUGACACUUUCAGUCAAUCACAGCUGCACAUUGCCUCUCAGGGUAAUACUUCCUUAUUAGCCAAAGCAGCACAGAGGGGAUGGACUGCCGUGGUCUCUUGUUUAGCAUUAAAACAUUACAACAUUAAAAAAAAAAAUGAUGGCACCAGGGGACUCCAUACACUAUAACCAGCUUAAUGAGAUGAAGCAGAUACAGUGCCUACGGUGUCCCUUUAAAGGAAGCUUAGUGCUACUCCUCCUGUGACAAGCAGUUGCCUGGCCUCCAGGCACUGUACUGGUCUCUGCCUAACACAAUGUCUCAGAAGCAAACAUGUCCCCAAGUUUAUAUAAAAUAAUUCUCCUCAAUCAGAAUCCAGAACAGCGUAAGAUUUUAUUCCUAGCAUCACACCAACAAAGCAUUCAUUUGAAUUUCAUUAAAUCUGAAUUGCAAGUAACAGAUCACAUUGUAUAAUAUUGUGUAUAUUUUUGCAGCUUAGAAGAUUGUGGUUUGACAUCCAACUCUUGUGAGGAUUUACACUCUGUUAUUAUAACUAACCAGUCUAUGACUAAGCUUAGCCUGGCUGCGAAUGAAUUCAAGAAAGCAGGGAUACAUCUUCUUCGUCAGGGUCUCAGACAUCCAAAUUGUACCCUGCAAGAGCUGAGGUAGGAACUACAAUAUAUAGUUUAUAAAGUCCGCCUUUCAAACUAAGUCAUGUAAAAUAUAUUAAAGAUAUUAAAUCCUACUUACAUUUAACUAUUUAAAAUACUGAGUAAAAAUGAUUUAAAGGAGCACUUCACACACAUAAAGCACUUUAGCUUGCUGAAGUACUUUAUAUGUAAAGAGCGCUUCCUCUUUUUCAUUUUACAAGUAUAGAUUUCAAUAGAAAUUGUCACUUUUAUGAAUUAAACUUGUUACACCUCACUGACUGUCAAUCAGACAAUCGGUUCUGUUAUUUCCUGGUUGCUUAGCUCAGUUGAGCGUAAAUCAAGAGUGCAAAGAUUUCUCGUCAAACUGCAUUGGUAAGCCUGUAAUUGGACAGGUGAGGGCUUGCAAAGAUUACAGACAGCAGAUCUGCAGCUUUUUCAAGCUAUUUUUUUUUUAGAGAUACCCCCAAUAAAAAAAAUGCAUAAUUUCAUGCAUGCAUGCAUGGCACGGUCGGUAUAUCUUUUAAAUGGUAUUUUGUUCUUUAAAUUUGUGUAGUGGAGUGUCACUUUAAAGUGGUUAAUAAUUUUAGCAAAAUUAUAUCCUCAUGCUUGUUGUUUUUAAUGGUAUAUUUGUAACAUCUACUCUUUAAAAUGCUGUGAGAAAUAAACAUAAGGAUGUAUUCUCUAAACAGUGAAAUUUAAAGGGACACUAUAGUCACCAAAACAAGCUCAAUGAAGCAGUUUUGGUGUAUAGAUAAUGUCUCUGAAGUUACACUGCUCAGUUCACUGCCAUUUGGGGGUUAAACCACUUGUUUAUGUGUGUGCAGCCAUAGCCACACCUUAUAUAUGCAAAAAAUAGGGGAUGAUCUGCUAAGCCAAUAACAAACAGAAAAACAUAGCGUAUAACUGUGUAUAUUAAUAAACCACACGUGUUGUAUUCACAAAUGGCCACUCACACAUUCACUGAAGUUAAAGUGCCUUUAGUAUAAAUUCCCUCCAAGGAUUCAAUCUUCACUCUGUAUUCAAAUCACCAUGGGUUGGCUGGAGUGUAUGAACUCAAUAGAGAAAAAUAAAAUUGUAGUGCACAAUCAAAUGUAUAAUAAAAACUCAAUUUAAUCACUUACAUCAAAGUUAAAGGCAAUGGGUGUAGUAUUUCUGAGUCACUACCAGGGGUCUGACGCCUUUCGUCCGUGCAUAGGACUUUCUCAGGGACUUUGGUAGUGUGCAUUAAACCGUUACUGCACACUACCAAAGUCCCUGAGAAAGUCCUAUAAACGGACGAAAUGCAUCAGACCCCUGGUGGUGACUCAGAAAUACUACACCCAUUGCUUUUAACUUUGAUGUAAGUGAUUAGAUUGAUAUUUUAUUAUACAUUUGAUUGUGCACUACAAUUUUAUUUUUCUCUAUUGAGUACAUACACUCCAGCCAACCCAUGGUGAUUUGAAUACAGAGUGAAGAUUGAAUCCUUGGAGGAAAUUUAUACUAAAGGCACUUUAACUUCAGUGAAUAUGUGAGUGGCCAUUUGUGAAUACAACACUUGUGGUUUAUUCAUAUACACAGUUAUACGCUAUGUUUUUCUGUUUGUUAUUGGCUUAGCAGAUCAUCCUGUAUUUUUUGCAUAUAUUUAGUGGAAGUCAGGAGAAAGUCUUUGGAGGUACUUUUGGAAGCUUCACCUUGUACGGGGAAGUUUCUGUCUGCUAGUAAUUAAUUUUGCACUAAUUGCACUUUUUUGGUUUGUGUACACACAUAUUGUGUUUUUCCUAGCCACACCUUCCCUGGCUGUGACUGACAUUGCCUGCAUGAAAGCAAAGUGGUUUGAUUUUCAAUCAGAUGUAACUUACUUUAAAAGUUUUUAACUUCUGCUCUGUAAAUUGAACUUUAAUCACAUACAGGAGGCUGCUGCAAGGUCUUGCAAGCUAUUCACAGAGCAGGGGGAUAAGAAAUUCUAAAUUAAACAGAAUUUGCAAUAAAGGAAGUGUAAACGUUAGAUGACUCUUUACAGGAAGUAUUUAGGAAUGCUGUGCAAGUCAUAUCCAGGCAUGUGUGUCCAGGGCUACAUAAACAAAGUGAUUUAACUCCUAAAUGGCAGAUCAUUGAGCGGUGAGACUGCUCAUUAAGCUAAAGUUGUUUUGGUGACUACAGUGUCCCAUUCAUUUAAAUUUAAAACUCAUAUGCAAUAAAUAAAAAAAAUAAAAAAAAUUCAGCCUUUCAUAGGUUGGCUGUUUAUGCCUAGACUUUGCUAAUUGUUUUUCAAAUUUCCAAAAAUUCACUGUUUAGUGACAAAUUGAAUUACUCAGUUUGAACAACUCACCUAUUGACCAGGUGACCAGGACAUCCCUUUAUAACCUUAACAUCUGUACUCCUUCCUUAAAAAAAAAAAAAAAAACAACAACAAAAACAUAACUCCUACAUAACUUCUUUUUUAAAUAAGUAUUAUGGAAAAUGAAGGGUCCCUUCAACAACACACCUUCCAUUUAUAUGUGCCUGCUUUUUUAUUAGGCCGCUUAUUCUUGUAUUGAAAAGUGCAUCCCCAGUCAAGUCUCACUUCUGUAUGUUAUUCAAGAUACACAGGCCUUUUUCAAAUUUCUUUAUUUUUGUUGUGGAGCAUGGUUCGAAGAUGCCCGCAAUGUCACAACAGCAUAGUCAAGCACAUAUGUCAAAUACAGUAUAGUAUAGGCAUGGCAGUUGACUUAUCAAUACAUUUUAUAAAGACAGCCUUGUUUUUAAAUUAAGAGAAAGUAGGAGCAACAAGUUUAUACUGUCAUGUGUUAAGUGCAUCAAAUACAGGAAGUUAACUGUCAAAAAUAGAGCUUGACUAAGGAAACAUAAAUGGCAUCACAAUGUCAUACAGUCUGGUGGAGAUUAAACAGCAUCAGCUAACAGUCGCACAGUAUGGAAAACACACUUUGGUAGAUGGGUCCGAAAGCCUAUACUGUCACAAUAUUAGUGCAACCAAGAGGACACUUCACAUCCCCAGUCAGGUUUUGGUUAGUCCUCAGCUUUAAGAAAUCCUUGACUGUAUAAGUCAGCUAAUAUAAAUAACAAGUCCACAAAUAUAACGACAGUGUCAGGUUAUAAGUGCACAAUAUUUAAAAGCUAUGCUUGGAUAGAAAGGAAUAAACAUAACAGCUAGGUUACCGCUGAUAGAUGAACUCAGUAGGAAUUUAAAGAGGGAAGCAAAAAUCUCUGCAUAUUUUAACAGUAAUGCUGCUGUUUGUAGGCCCGCCACAUUCUUCAUCUUAUUCUGCACGUGGGCCAAUGCUCCCAGCACCUCUAGCUCACGCUGUUGGGAACCAAAGCCAUUUCUUCUGCCCCACUGGAGGUAUCACCAGCCCUUUAUGACUUUGGGAUAUGAAGAGCUCCUUGGGUGUAUGGACGGUAUGGUUUAUCCUACUCCAUGAGGGCCUCCGGCCCAGAGGAGGUGAGCUGAAACCAGUUCUGGGUGUCAUGAUGGUAACUUGCUUCAUGGAUUCAGGUGAUUUACUGCUCAACCGAAGCCAGAACUUCUGACACACCAGGUCGAACCCAUGUUUGAAACUUCUGGUUCACUGGGUGCAUGGGAAGCUGCAGCUCGGCGUCCAUCUUGGAUUUUACAUUGUGAACCUGAGACUGUUUUCGAAGAAGAGAGGCAAGUUCCUCAUCAGGGACCGGAAUAACCUCCAUCGGUCUGAAGGGGGAAGGAGGGGAGGAGAGUGUGCCCAGAGACCGGUCUCUGCAGAUUUCUCGGCCCUAGUCUGGAGAUCGACCGCUUCUACCAAACGUCAGGCCGCGGUCUCCUUUAGGCCGGAGCUCCAGAUGAGAAGAUUGCGUGUCUGAGAAGUGUAAUCACCGUAUCGUGCUGGGUGCUUUGGGUUUCUUUCAGCUUUAUUAUUAACUGUUUAUUUGGAGUACCAGUUCAGACUUGCAGGAGCUACCUAAAAGUGUGUACCGCCAUCUUUUUAAUGUGGGCUCUGUUUCAGUCCAUAUCUGAACUGAACAAGGUGAGUAAGAGCCAUGCAGGAUCUUCCCCACUCACUCAAUGAUCUUAUCCAGUAUUACAUUAGGUUUUGGCUUGAGAUGCCUAACUUCUUUUUCUCUUUAAAUUUUUUUUGUUUUUUUAGACAUAUAAAUAUGCAUCAAUAAAAACUCAAUUGCAUAUAAUCAAGUGCACUAUUCUUCAUUAAAGUGUUUGUUUAAACAUGCAAUAAAUGGCACGGUUUAUGUAAUGUUAUACAUACUUAAAAUAUUAUUGUUCUGUAGAAGAAAUUAUAAAACAUGAAUUAAACUCUUAUGUUCUUCAAAAAGAAACAAACAAUGAUUAAUAAAUAACAUAUUACACAAACAUAUUAAAUAAUGCAUUAAACAAAAAAGGUACAAAAAUAUUUGUACCACAAAAGAACUAAGACACCUAAUGGAGCUGGUUGCAAGCCCAGUGUAGUAGGUGUAAAAGUAGAGCUUUGUAGUGCAUUGCUAUAUUUCAGCUUGAAAUCUACAUUUGCAUACCCUGCUGGAAGGGACUGUACAAAAUACAUUUUAUGAAUCACGAGCAGAUACAUAUUGGCACCCCCAUGCGUCAGACAGUGGGAGGAAGACCUAGACGAACCCAUGACAGAGGCAGAAUGGGACACACUCAUCACCUUAAUACAGAAAACACCGGCCUCAGCACGCCUACAGGAGAAUUCCUACAAAAUCUUCACCAGGUGGUACCUGACGCCAUCAAGGCUCCAUGCAAGAAACCCAGAGAUAACUGACACCUGCUGGAGAUGUGAGGAAGCAGUGGGUACGUUCACACACAUCUGGUGGGCGUGCCCCAAGAUCCGUCCAUAUUGGGAGACGAUCAGGCAAACUAUACACGAAGUAACAGAUGAAUUAUUGCCAGAGACCCCGGCCGCCUUCCUCCUACACAAAACUACAAUGCCAACACAGGCAUACAUCAGAUCCAUCAUCCCCAGACUACUAAACGCGGCCAAGGCGACCAUCCCCAUCUAUUGGAAGCAGUCCACUGCACCCCCACUGAGACGCUGGGUAGAAGAAGUGGAAGCGACGCGAAAAUUCGAAGACAUGAAAGCCGUCACCACGCAACAAAGGGACCGCUACUCACAACGCUGGUUCUACUGGUUACGCCACACCGCGUCUGACCCCUUCCAAAGUCACCUAGCAGCAAACACCCCCGAGAGGAACGAGCGAGAGGAGGCGGGCCCGAGCGGGGAGCCGAGAAGCCCGGGGGCUGAGCGGAACGGGGCGGCGACAGGGGACUAGAUAAUAGACCACCAACCCACAACCCCCUCGCUCACUCACUUAGGACACGACCACACACACUAACACUCAAGACAUCGACCUUAGGCAUAAGAGAGGGUCACAUUACCGGACUCAGGAAACAGAGACACAUAAUAUUACACCAACCACCGGCUAAGGCGACACCCGCAAGAUACACCAGCCGCACACAACACAAACACCAGGGAAUAUAUAGAGGAACUACAGCGAAUAAGCACGGAUAGAACAGGAUGAAACAGCGUAACACAAAUGCCCCCACACUACCGACAAGAACACAGGAAACACGGGCCGCAAUAACAAACCCACUCGAAAGCUGUGCUGCCCAUGAGACCGCAACAGACCUGGCACAACACACGACAACAAGCAGGAAAAUAGGACGAGACAGCAGGGGCCACAAAUGAGACGUGUGGGAAAGACACCGACUAAGUGACUGCAGUCCAGUAGCCCGAGACGCAAUAAGCACCCACAACACAUACCAGCUCAAUACCUCAACACACACAGCCCUAGGAACGGGUUGAGCGCACGCGGCGCAGGCAAAAUCCACUAUAGAUGUGAUAAAAAAGCGCUGCGACAUGUGACAAGUCCUAAAACAAGCAUCAGAAUAUGCACCACACUCAUCAAACAACACACACACCAGCCAGACCAUACACAGCACGCACACUAUGAUAGCUAAUAAUUAUAUUACAUUAUAUAGUUAAAAGUUAAAAGUAAAAUACUCGAACCGCCUCUGCGCAGGCACCUAAACGACACAUCUGCUGCAAUGUGAAACGAGCCUCUGCGCAGGCAACGAAACGCUAUGGUAGAUACACAGUGACACAAGCCUCUGCGCAGGCAACUAAACGUUAUGUUAGAUGCAAUGAAAAAACGCCUCUGCGCAGGCAACUGAUUGUUCCGAUCACCGCAACGAGAAACACGCCUCUGCGCAGGCAACCGACUGUAAUGUUCAAAUACAAUCGUAAACCACGCUUAUGACUUGAUACCAAUAAAAAUAUUUAAAACAAAAUACAUUUUAUGAAGUGGAACCAUACAAUUUCGUCACAUACUGUUAUUGAAAUGGCAUUUACAAUUGGAUUAAAUCCGGUACAAUGUUUAGAAGAAAUGGAAUUAGAGCAUCCAGAAUAUAUAUGGUUGCCAGGUUAGGCAAUAUGAAACUCCAGAUGCAGACUUGUACUAUCAAACCAAAAAAGAAAUAAAAGUCAACGGCAAACAAAUCCUCAAAAGUCGAGGUCAGACAGUCCAGUAGUCAGUAUCCAAGCAGCAGAGGGCCAGUAGCGGUAAAACAAGUCAGAGGUCAGGAAAACUUUCAAGUGAAUCAGGAAUCACAGGUCUAGCAUGGAUGGAGCACAGAACAACUGAGCAAUGACAACUCCGUUGUUCAAGAUUUAAAUAUAGUAGCAAGUGUAACACACCUCCCCAGACAUGCUCCCAUAGCCUCCUAUUGGUGUAUGGGUCUGUCUGUCAUGCAGGAUUGCCAUGGGAGAUCAUUUGUUCCAACUGCGCCUCCUAGGCAUGGAAUAAUCCUGCACGUCUCCCAGGCGUCUAUCGCUGCCUGGCAGCUGUGUCGCGACUCAAGGUCGGGGGCUGCGGCCCGCCCCUGGUGUUCGCGCAUGCAUGCGUUAGUGCAGCCGCGACUCGGGAGUGCCGCUCGAGCAGUAAUGAAACAAAUGUAAGUCUUGAGAAUGGUGCAUUUCGCCCUGUGAUGGCACAGUGCAUAUAGCAAAAUGCGUCAUUAGACGAGCUGGAACCCCACCUCCAUGAAGUGUUUUAGUAAACUCUGAGUAGCCAUGAACUAGUAACUGUGUUUGGAUCUAAAGCUUACCCUGAUAGCAUUGAGGAUAGUAGGGUUUUUUUAUUACAUUGUGUUCCUGAUUUUAAUAGCAGUGCGCAAUAAAGGAUUUAAACUUUCCAUUGCUGCCCUAUGUUUUCCUCUGAUGAAUACCUCCCCGUGCUGCAUUGGUUGCAGGCUACUAAUAUUUGGAACCUUUAAAGUUUCAGCAGUCUACCUACUCCCUGAGUUUACUGGUUGUUUAUUUUACAAAUCUUGUCUUACAGAUUUACACUAUAUUAUAUUCUUUUGGUUUUCCCUCUUUAUGUUUAUAUAUAUAUAUAUAUAUAUAUAUAUAUAUAUAUAUAUAUAUAUCAUUGUGGCUGCCAUAUCAACUAAUGUGGUUGUUCAUUUGUUUUUGGUCACAUUAAAGGACCACUAUAGUGCCAGGAAAACAUACUCGUUUUCCUGGCACUAUAGUGCCCUGAGGGUGCCCCCACCCUCAGGGACCCCCUCCCGCCCGGCUCUGGGAGGGGGAAAGGGGUUUAAAGUUACCUUUUUCCAGCGCUGGGCGGGGAGCUCUCCUCAUUCUCUCCUUCUCCGUUCCUCCUCCUGGGCUGAAUGCGCACGCGCGGCAAGAGCUGCGCGUGCAUUCAGCCGGUCGCAUAGGAAAGCAUUUACAAUGCUUUCCUAUGGACGCUUGCGUGCUCUCACUGUGAAAAUCACAGUGAGAAGCACGCAAGCGCCUCUAGUGGCUGUCAAUGAGACAGCCACUAGAGGAUUAGGGGAAGGCUUAACCCAUUGAUAAACAUAGCAGUUUCUCUGAAACUGCUAUGUUUAUAAAAAAAAUGGGUUAACCCUAGCUGGACCUGGCACCCAGACCACUUCAUUAAGCUGAAGUGGUCUGGGUGCCUAGAGUGGUCCUUUAAGUAUUUUUCUUUAAAGGGCACAGUAUAUUUUAUAUGUAUAUAAUGUGUUUUGCUAAAUAGUGCUAUUUUGUAUUAUUGAUUACUGAUUAUUUCUGGUUUGAUCACAAACAUAUAGAGUGGACUUUUAAAGACACAACACACCUUAUUUGUGGAGUAUUUAUUCUGAGUGUUUUGCACAAAUGUACUUGGUAAGUUACUGAUAUCUUGAUAUUAAUUGUGUAUGUAAUUAUUCUUUUAUCUGCACUUUAUCACUUUGACACAUAUAAUAUGUAUGGAUGCACGUAAACAGAAAAGAUGAAAUUGUGGUAGAAUAAAUGCAUGACAAAAGUGCCAAAAUGCCUUGGUCACAAACUCACUGCACCUUAAAAGAGCCUUGGUCCUUAAGUGGCUAAUGUUGUUACUUAUUUUAUCAUAUGGCCAAAUGUUCAGUUUCUCUACCUGGAAUCCCAUCACUGUAGGGAUUCUUGGACAGUUUACUAUGUCACAGUUAACUUGAGUCUCAUUUAUUAUGCUGUAACACUUUGAAAAUUAAUAAUCGGGGUGAGGCCUGACUGCCAAUCAAGCAAGACGCAGUUUGGAGGAGUUCCUCUGAUUUUAUGAAAAAUUAAGCCUAAAUUACUACCUACUUGACCUUUAGUCAUCUGGGAAAUAUCCCAAUAUUAUUUUGGAAUGAGCUUUCUUUUUAAUUAUAACAUAUCUUAUAAUAUUAACAUAGUUUCAUUUUAUUUGCUAGGUUGUCUAGUAGACCUAUAAAUGUUGAUGAAUACAGAAAAAGGAAAGGACUUCUUCAAAAAGAGGAGAUUCUUUUGGGCUAACUUCCAAAUGACAAGGUACUGUAAUCUAUAAUGUGUUGUACAAUUACCUCACAAUGUGCUCUCUCUUCCAUAAACAUGGAAUGCCCUCUCUUGAUGUCCUGGUCCACCCCUCUGCAUCCAGUUUACCAUAAUUUCCAGCAGUUUUCAACACUGACAAUGCUGAACUAUAAACACUUUGUCUCCCCUUCCAACCUUCCAACCUUCAUUUAUCAUCUCAGUCAGUGCUCCACCUCCCUUUAAACUAGCAAAUGUUCUCACAACAAAUCAUUAAUGACCUUACUCUCCUCUAACCCACUACACCAUAGUGUGAAAAAAAAUUCUCCAAUAAUCUCCCCCCUUAUCUGAUAACUUCAUUAGAACUUGUGUUGCAUUUCUCAAGCAAAAUAAAAAAACAGGAUCCACCUCUAACUCAUAUCUCCUCCACCAAUUCUAACCCCCAGUCUUUUUUUCUUGUCAUCAUUUCUGACAACAAUCUCCUCAUCAUCGAGCAGUUCUACCCUACCACCUCACACUUGCUCUUGGCUCCCCUCUUCCAAGUCAUUCUAUUCAACAUAACAUCAAUUUAUACUCAAUCUCACACUUCUGGAUUCUAUUUUAGUGCACUCAAAAUCUCAUCGCAUCUCUCUACUUCUUAAAACAGCUUUGACCCAGCUCCUGUUGCCCUUUUCCUUGCUUCUGGAAUGUUGUCUACACUUAACUAUCCACUUUCAUCUGCUCAUAUUAAAUCUUCCCAGGCCUUCUUCCUUGAAACAGUUCUCAUUUCUAUCCAUAACUGUCACCGAAGCACAACAAUCUAAACGCUUUUCCAUCUUAACCCUUCUUUAUUCAUCUGCUGCCUUUAACACUGUUGAUCAUCCAACUUUUCUUCUCACUUUCCCAACCUUGGUAUCACUGGUACUGCCCUCAAGUGGCUCCUUCCUACCACUCUCAUUGAUCCUAUCAAGUUUCCUGCAACUAUGUGUCCACUCAACCAAUAUCUCUUCCAGUUAAUGUACUGCAAGGUUCCGGAGCUAGUGUGCGGCGGGGGUGGAGCUAGGGGCAGAGCUAGCGUGGGGCGGGGCUUAGCAUGCAGCGGGGGCCUGGCUAACUGCAGCAUGGGAAGCAGGAAGGAGUCCCUGCUUCCCCAACAACCAGCCUCCAGGAGCUCCAAGCAGGAGGUAAGAAGCAGGUCAGUGUGUCUGUGUGUGUCUGUCUGUGUGUGUGUGACUGUCUGUGUGUGUGACUGUCUGUGUGUGUGUCUGCCUGUGUGACUGUGUGUGUGUGACUGUCUGCCUGUGUGUGUGUGUGACAGUCUGCCUGUGUGUUUGACUGCGUGUGUGUGUCUGUCUGCCUGUCUCUGUAUGUGUGGAUGUUUGCCUCGGUGUCAGUGACUGUAGCACAAUGACUUAUGGGGCUGGCAUCGAUUUUUUUCCAGGGCUGCUUCGUAUCCCCAGUCCGGCCCUGUAUCAGACUGAUCAAUUCUCUCCUCCGCUGGACACUUCUCUUCACCACCACCUUCCAUUGUCUGCAAGUCAACUUAAAGGGAUUCUCCAGUGCCAAGAAAAAAAAUCAGUUUUCCUGGCACUGCAGAAUCCUGGAGUUCCCCCCUCUCCCACCCCCAUCCGAUGUUGCUGAAGGGAUUAAAACCCCUUCAGCCACUUACCUGAAUCCAGCACUGAUGUCCCUCGGUGCUGGGUCAGGCUCCGCCCACACUCCUCCCCCGCAGGUGAGGGGAACAUAAAGCACAUGCGCAGCAAUGGCCGGGGCACGCAUUAGACCACCCCAUAGGAAAGCAUUAUUCAAGGCUUACCUAUGGGGAAAAUCUGAUGCUGAAACUCCGUGUGGACGUCCAGCGUCAGAUAACGGAACAAAAGUCAGUUUGGAUUCCGGAAGCGCUCCCAGUGCUACAAUGUUUUACAUUGCAGCACUAAGUGCAAAAGGGUCACAGCACCCAGACUACUUCCAUUAGCCAAAGUAGUCUGGGUGCUUACCGUGUCCCUUUAAGCAAUGCUUCCUAUCACCCUGCCUUUUUUGCAUCUUUCCUAAACUUUUGUUGUACAACAUUGUUUUUUUUCAACCUUCUUAAUGUGUACAGUAUACAGAUUGUAAAGCAGUAGUCCAUAUAGUAGCAAAAUUUUGGCUACAUUUCGGUUAUCUUCACAAUUGUAUUUUUGCAUUCCAUGUUUUAGUGUUUUUUUUUUUUAUAUAUAUUAUAUACAUAUUUUGGUGCUACAAUCUCUUGUACCGAUACCUGUUUUUUUUUUUUUAUUUCUUCUUCUCUUUGCAAGAAUAAAAAAUAACCAUUUAAUUAUUUCUACCUUUAAAAAGCUAAAAAAAUGUAUCUUCUUCUAGGUCCAACUUUGUAUGCUCCUUGAGAUUCUUUGCGACAGGCUUUACAUUUGGAGGACAUGUCCCAAAAUGAAUCAUAAAUGAUUAAAGAUGUAAAUAAAUUUUAAAAAACAACCAGGUGCCUGAAAAGUCACUAUUUAAAACAAACAAAACUCUUGCAACAUGGUCUUUAAGGUGGCAACACGUCAGGAAUCAAACCUUCAUCGAACUCUAAAGUGCAAUCAUCUUGCAGUGGCUGAGCUGGAUUUCAUGGGUCAUGAGAUUGAGUUUUCUCUGAGAGACGUUUGUUUAUUCUUUAUUAGCUCUGGAUGAACAUGGUACACAGGAACUCUGAGCGAACAUGGCUGACAUCCAUAUCUAUUAGCUAAUGUGGCGUGAAUCAAAGCUAUGUCAUUCAGUCUACACAGGUUGGUAUACACUGAACUCUUCCAGAAGUCUUAAAAUAUCUGUGACUUCAUGCUUUAGCUUGAAAAUAAUACUAACCACAUUAAGUAUUAGCCGCUGAACCUUUCAUUGGAUAAUUAACUCUAUAUUACUCUUCAGGCCUAGAAGCACUGGCUUAUCUUGUUCAGGAGAACUACACAUUUCUUCCUCAUCCAAAGCUGGUGGGCUAAAUAAGUUAUGUAGAAGAUAAAUGGAUUCAAUAAAAAAAAAAAAUAUAUAUUUUUUUAAACUCAGUGAUAAGUAAUUCACUUUUGCUGACUUUCGUUCUGAGAACCCCUUCAUCUUCAGUGUCUGUAAUGUGCUAGAUUCCAUGCUUUCAUCUGUUGUAAUUGCCUUUCCUACUUUUAUAGAUUGCUGCAUCUAUGUCUUUUAUAUAUCUUUUAAAGUCUUGAAGAGUAUAUAUUCUGAUUUUAAUGCCGAAUGCACACAUAUUCUGCACCAUGAAUGCCAACAUUCUUGAUGGAUCUGACACUAUGAUAUGCAUUUUUAACAAUAAACACAUUUAUUAAUCUUCCAAUCAAAGUUGAAGUUCUUUGUUAUUCAGCAACAAAAAAAAAUAUCUGGUUCAAAUACAUUAUCUAGUUAAAACACAGUUUUCCAAUAAACAAAUAGAAAUUGUUAGAAGAUUACCAGAAAUAACCUUAGUUAAGUUUAAAUAAGGAAAUCCGCUCCCAGACUUGAUCAUUGCUAUGUAUCCUUACAGUGUUUGGAAAUGUUUGGUAUACCUUCAUAAUCUUUCCAAACUUAGCAUUUUCAGGGUAGAGCCACCGCGAAGGCUUUUGUGAAAAAAACAUCCAUGCCUAUUAAAGUAAUAUUAUAACAGAGGAUUUGACGACAAAAUUUUGUAUGGUAUCCCUUUCCAAUGUGAUUCCUUAAAGGAACAUUAUAGCGUUGGGAGCAUUGGGUUGGACUAUCAUGGAGAUUUGUAAUACUCAGAGGAGCACAUUCAAGAUUCCCUGUAGGAAUGCACGGAGUCAACACUUUGAUAUCGGUGUCUUCUGUGUCACAUGCCAGAGUUUUACUUUGUCAGUGCAGCAGAAGCACCUCUGUGGCAGAGAAUGGCAGCUGAAUGCUUUCAGCCUAUAAAAGCACCCAUUACUCCCAUGGUCUAGUAAAACCAGAAGAAGGUGCAGAAGAUUGCUACUAAAAACUUGCAGAAUAAUUGUAAUUGGUUAACUCAAGACAAGGUGCUGCAGCAACUAAAGAAAGUUUUAUAUAAACAAAGCUCCAGGGCCUGACGGUAUCCAUCCACGUGUACUUGAACUAAGUGUAGAAAUAAGUGAACCUCUGUUUUUAUUCUUUCAAGAUUCUUUUCUUUCAGAAAAGUGUUCCGGAGGAUUGGAGGAAUGCAGAUGUGGUUCCUAUAUUCAAAAAGGGUUCAAAAUCCUUGCCUGGAAAUUAUAGACCUGUGAGCUUAACUUCUGUGGCUGGUAAAAUAUUUGAAAGGUUAUUAAGGGAUAAUAUUCAAGAAUUCCUUGAGAAGAACAUGGUUAUCAGCAAAAAUCAGCACGGUUUUAUGAAGCACAGGUCAUGUCAAACUAACUUGAUUGCAUUCUACGAAUAAGUAAGUAGAAGUAUAGAUCAGGGUGUUGCCAUGGAUGUGAUCUAUUUGGAUUUUGCCAAGGCAUUUGAUACAGUUCCACACAAAUCGGUCUAGAUGAAAGUGCUUGUUCUUGGGUAGAACAUUGCCUUAAAAACAGAGUACAAAGAGUUGUCAUUAAUGGUAAAUUUUCAAGCUGGACAGAGGUGGCAAGUGGUGUCCCUCAGGGGUCUGUUCUGGGAUCCCUUCUAUUUAACAUGUUUAUAAAUGAUCUUGAAGACAGCAUUGAAAGUCAUGUUUCAGUGUUUGCAGAUGACACCAAACUUUGUAAAAUAAUACAAUGUGAGCAAGAUAUUACUUUGCUGCAGAGGGAUUUAGAUAGACUGGGGGACUGGGCACUCAAACGGCAGAUGAAAUUUAAUGUUGAAAAAUGCACUUCGGCGUAAAGAAUACACAAGCAACGUAUACCCUUAAUGGAAGCGAAUUAGGGAUAACAACACACGAAAAGGACUUGGGAAUUGUUAUAGACAACAAACUAUGCAACAAUGUGCAAUGUCAAUCAGCAGUGGCCAAGGCCAGUAAGGUAUUGUCAUGCAUGAAAAAGGGCAUUCAUUCUCGGGACAAGAAUAUCAUUUUGCCUCUUUAUAAAUCACUGGUAAGACCCCAUAUUGAAUAUGCUGUGCAAUUUUGGGCACCUGUUCUAAAGAAGGAUAUUAUGGCACUAGAAAAAGUGCAGAGGCGGGCUACAAAAUUAAUAAAAGGAAUGGAACAUAUCAGCUAUGAAGAAAGGUUAACAAAUUUAAACCUAUUUAGUUUAGAAAAACGUCGCCUGAGAGGGGAUAUGAUAACAUUAUACAAAUAUAUUUGGGGCCAAUACAAACCAUUGUGUGGAAAUCUAUUCACAAACCGGACUUUACAUAGGACACGAGGCCAUGCGUUUAGACUGGAAGAAAGAAGAUUUCGUCUAAGGCAAAGGAAAGGUUUUUUUACUGUAAGAACAAUCAGGAUGUGGAAUUCUCUGCCUGAAGAAGUGGUUUUAUCAGAGUCCAUACUGAUGUUCAAACGGCUACUAGAUGCCUACUUGCAAAAACAGAACAUUCAAGGAUAUAAUCUUUCAAUGUAGGGUAAUAACUGCUUGAUCCAAGGAUAAAUCUGACUGCCAUUCUGGGGUCAGGAAGGACAUUUUUCCUAGCUUGUUGCAAAAUUGUGCUUCAAACUGGGUUUUUUUGCCUUCUUUUGGAUCAACAGCAAAAAAACAAAUGUGAGGUAGGCUGAACUUGAUGGACGCAAGUCUCUUUUCAGCUAUGCAACUAUGUAACUAUAUACUUGCCUUAGCAGUACCUCAAGUUGGAGCAGCACUGUGGGUGGCCAGGAACAUAUGGAGUGUGCAUACUGCACACACAGUUUUGACUGAUUGAUCUAUUCUCUGUAGGGACAGCCAAUGCGGUGCACAUGCUCGAUCAGCUGAUUUGCAAGUCACUGCACAUAGCUGUGACCAUUGUGGGAGGAGUGUGAAUGUGCAGUGUUUCUGCUUGAAAUGCUGCACAUACGGAGAUAUUUGCACUUUUGUUCCUGGGGCUAGUUGCACCUCCUGCACACGUAACUUAGGCAACCUAAUAUCAAUUCUGUGCAAAAUAUUAUCUGUCGCGUGCUUGCACUGCACACUGCUGACAGACAUUAUUAGCUUCUAGCCUUGCAAGCAGUGCCUGCAAAAGGAAGCUUGAAUGUGCAUCUCCCUUAUUUUAGUCCUCCCUGCAAUAUUUCAUGUUUUUUUCCCCUCACUCCCUCCCGCCCCAGAGAGUGGAUGCACUCUGCGCUGGUAAAAAUGAUCUGCUAAUUAAGUGAUCCAGCACAGGGAGGUUUGCUAGGGGCUGCAUUCCAGGCAAGUUUAUAACUUAUUUUAUAGAAUUGUAACAUUUAAUGACAAAGGGUAAUUAACCCUUUGAAUAUCCUGAAACUGUACAGCUUUAACCCCUUAAGGACCAAACUUCUGGAAUUAAAGGGAAUCAUGACAUGUCAGACAUGUCAUGUGUCCUUAAGGGGUUAAAGGGUAUGUUUUUAAUUUUUUGUCUUUGUUUUGAAACAAUUGGUUCCAAGAAUUGUGUGUCAUAGAGAAUAUCAUUGAUUCAGAGGGUUAUUUACUGAACGAGGACCUGUUGUUAAAGGGACACUCCAGGCAGACCACUUCUGCCCAUUGGCGUGGUCUGGGUGCCAACUUACACCACCCUUAACCCUGUGUAAUUAUUGAAUUUUUAUUAUAAACUGCAAUAAUUACCUUGCAGGGUUACGUCCUCCUCUAGUGGCUGUCUAUCAGUCAGCCAAUAGAGGGACUUCCUGCUUCUUAAAACACGAAAAGUGUUUUAAACAACGCUGGAUGUACUCACGCUUUGCACGAGGACCUCCAACGUUGCCGGAAUCCCUGUAAGAAAAGCAUUGAAUAAUGAUUUCCUAGGAGGAGGCUAAUGCGCUCCAGAACCCCAAGAUGAAAUUAUUUUCCCAUAUUAUGUGCUUUGUUGUCAAAUAUUUUGUAAAAGACAUGAUAUUUUUAGGUUAGCGUUAAAGUAGUGUAAGGGUUAACGGUUAUUAACACCUUCUCUAACCUAACAAUGUAUACGCAUUAUAUUUUUUUUCUAACAUGAUGAUGAUGAUAACCACAACAUGG